AUGCCUGUGGGUUUCAGGUGGGCUUUUUGUUCCCUGUGCUGGCAGAAUGCAGGCUGUGGGCUGAGAAACAAUACUGUGUGCACAGAGCAGGGAAGAAACUGCACGUAGCAACUCUGAAACGAGGGAACUCCCUGGAACCUGCGUUUCCAAGCAAGUACGGCUCCCUUCCUCCAAAUAGAUGGACAGAGAAAAAACCUUCAGAGGGAUCUCACAGCUCUGCCAAUUCAAAUAAACAGGAUCACCCUUGACAGCUAGGAGCUUUUAUGCAACAAGCUAACUCAAGGUCAUGGUUGUUGGAAAGUUUUCAAACCAUUAGUCAUGUCUAGGAUGUUAGAAGUUUGCAUCCUACAAAUAAGUCAGUCUAAGAGUUGUUCAUCCUAUAGAAAAUAAUGUGUAAUAUCGAUGUAAAUGUGAAAGGAUUUCAAUCUGGUGUACCACAGGGAUGUCGUCCGGGGCCUUUGUUUUUCCCUCAUCUUCCUCUUGUUUUAAAACCAAGAUGGAGCAGUUUUGUGAGCUGAUGUUACGACUCUUUAUCUACCAGCUGUAUGAAGCGAGGAAUUGGUUGAUAAGAGGACUACAAGUUGUCCUUCAAUGGCAUUGAGCGAUACAACAGGAGAGUCUAACUCUUGGGAGUGAUGUUAGACAGCAGACUGAAGUGAUCAAAGCAGAGUGAGAAAAUAGUCAUCAGGGCUGACAAAACAUCACAGUGAAAGCAAACUGGGGGUCAUCCACCUGCUGCAGAAUAAAUCUGAAAGGCAAACUGGAGGUGAACAUGAAUCGCCACCAUAAGAGAGCAACAAAAAAGUAUUAAAAUGUUGUUCUGUUGUGUUGUUAAGUGCCAGACAGGAAAGAGUGAUAGUUAUGUCUCAAGACUGACUCAACAUCACAGUCAACAAAAAUGGAAGCUUUGGUUAAAUGCAAUACAAGAGAAAGGACAUGAUAGGGGGACUCGUCAAAAAUGCUCCCAUAUGUAGUGCACAAACUAAAGUAGAUAUAUAAACAAGCACAUAUUUAUGUUUACACCAUAGACAAAAUUAAAUAUAUAUGAAUUAACCUCUCGUAGGAAAUUGGGGAGGCAUUAUGAGGAAAGGAUUUCUCUGCAACAUUAACCAUUUUUGCAUACCAGUUUCUUUACCAAAAGAAAACAGAGGGAACAUUUCUGUGUCAACCUUCUCUGUACGAUUACCAUAAUCAAUCAUGACUAUAAAGGCUGAAUUUUCAGCUUGUCAGAUGUAUGUUGCUGAUUAAAAAGAUAUAAAAUGUGGACACUUGAGAGGACACCCUCUACAUAUGGAUUAAGAAACUGACUGUUGUCUUCUUGGUUUUGGAUUUGGCCUGCUAUGUGUUCUUGUUAUCAUCAGGGUUUUAAAAAUUCACAUUUGAAUGAGAUUGUUUUGUUUUUUAUCAGGCUGCAACUGUUAGCUGUGUGAUUUGAAUGGAUGUAAAAUUCAGGGUUGCAUGACAGCACUCCAGGAAGGGUGGUUCGUAUUUUGGUAUUGACUACGAAGGAUAUGAAUGAAUGAAUGAUUUGUUUUAAAGUUAAAGUGCAAACAUUAAAAAGAUGUUAAAGUUUUUGUCACAAAAAAAUCACAAACUUUGACAAAAAUAUGGUGUUGUAUUUCUUUUUUUUAAAGAUUAAUCACCAGUUAACCACUCCUCCAGAGCCUACGCCAAACCCCGAAUGAAGCUCAGUGAGGACUGAAGGUCCAAGGUUGAGGUGAUAAUAAAUGUGUUGCUCACUCUGUUCUGUUGACCUUUCUGCAGAGACACGCUGAGAGAACAGACUCAGGUAGGUCUGUUUAAGCCCUUUAUUAAAACACCUUUGCUAUGAGUGGCAUCAGUUGGAAGUGCAGGUUGAUUGAUUGAUUAAUUGAUUGAUUGAUAUUAUUUAAGGCUGAUGAAUUUGUGUGAGAAACACAAAUAUCAGACUGGAGUGGAACUUUUAAUUAGGAUAUUUACUCAUUCAUUAUAAACACUCUUCACGCUGUUGCUGCUGUUAAGUUGAACUUUGCACUCAGAGUAUUUACUCACAUGUUUGGUGAUAAAGUUGAUGAAUGAACUGUUCUCUAAGAGUAAACUUCAGAUGCAUGAUAAAAGAUUUCAUCCAUAUUUGAAAAGAGCUUGAGCUUACAAAUUAAACCCGACAGACUCCUACUGCAAGAUCAGUGUAGUCAGUGCAAACUUACCUAUGCAACAUUACUUCUUUGUUUAAUGAGCAACAAAAAGAGAUAAAAAUAUGGAAAAAUCAAUUAUUUUACAGCUCUUUGACAUGCAUUCAACUGGAACAAAAUGUUAUGAUUAGCAUGGAGUAUUAUAAAAGAAGUAAACAUCAGAGAACAGGAGCGAACAGAUUGCUGUUUGUGGUUCAAGUUGGAUUAGACUUUAAUGCAGGUUGCUUUGCUUUCAGCAAAAAAAGUUUUGAUUUUAUUUUUUAUGAAUAGAUUAAGAAAAGCUAAUAAAGUCAUGAAGUUUAAGAUGUGAACACCUGGACAAAACAGAGAGAUUUGAUAUCAGUAACCAUAGAUGUUACUUUGACAAGUUGAAGUUGCUAUGUUAAGAAAAGUCCUUAAAGUUAAAAUUUCCUGAUUCAAUGAAACAUUGAUACUUGAAUGUUCAUAUGGGUAGAAAUCAAGUACAAACCAGUGUUGGGAAAUACGCAUUUGCAGAAGAAAAAGCCACAGUUCUUUAGCUGUUCACUUAAUUAUGGCUGCAUAAGACAGUGAAUCUUUUUUGAGCCCAUCGCCCCAUGCCCAGUUUUGCAGCAGAAAUGAAAACAGUCUUGGUCUGAUGUCUCUAAUAAUGUCCAUGUUUUAUCAUGUCAAUAGAAGAAACCAGGAGGUUCCAUGUGAGGUGGCUGUUAGCUAAAGCAUUAUUUACCACUACUGAAGCUGGAAUCAGUUUUGUUACCCCUCCCUGCAGCCCACCCCACCUAUUUAAACUAAUGCAAGUCAAACCAGAAAUACCACCUGGAGGUUGGAUGAAGUUUUAAUUCAGUGUUUACAAAGACCAACAGUGAGAUUGUGACAAGAUUCAUUAUUUAGAGAAAAAAAUAACACUGACCUGGCUACAUAACACAACACAAGUAAACAUGUCUCUGGUAAGUUUUUACAUGGUCAUUUCAAAACUGAGUAGUUUAUUGUAAAUAACACGAUAAAAAGAACUAAAAACUAAAUAAUAAAAUUGCUGGGUUAUUAAAUAAAUUCACUAACUUUGCACAAAAACAAACUUAUAUAACAAGGUGGCACCUUAUAACCUUUUAUCACCAUAAGGUCAUGUGUAAGGGCACUUUUAAUUACGUUUUAUCCGCCUGAAGGGAUCCAGAGGGCACUGUGUUACUGUCCGUUUAAUCUACCAGGGAGGCAUCUAUGGGAGAAGGGUUUUUUUAUGUGUUGACCGUCCCUGGUUGGACAUUUCAUAAUAUUUUAUGAGCUACCAGGAGAAAUGUGAGUCGUGUUAUUCAUCCCGUAAGAGCUAUCAGGGUGCUUCCAGGGGUUCCAUCAGGUCAUUUCAAGCGUGAGGUUGACGCUGGUAAUGACCGGAACGUUUGAUUGCGGGGCUUGAGUCUGCACGGACUGUUUAGACGGUAACACGGGCGAGCUGUCAAGGCGAAAGGACUGCUCCAGCCUUCACCCCUGCAGUAAGGUCUCUUAUAUUAACACCUUAAUUACUUUUUAUUCAGAAAACAUCUAUUCUACUGCUUGUUUUAGUCCUGUGUUACCACCCGGUAUCGAUGUUAUUAAAUGUACUCACUGUUUUCUGUGUCCUUAAUGGUACAGUCCGACUUUAGUCAGCAGCUGGACUGGGUUUGUGUCAGAUAAUCAACAUUAUAAUCCAAAAAAAGACUCAUAGAUUAAUUCUAAUUAAGUAUGCUUGGAUAAUGAAUCUCAUAGUGUUUUUUCAGGCUUAAUGUUUCUGUCUGUAACAGGCUUGAUGGUUGGUUGUCGUUUCUGUGUUGAUCCAAUUAUCUAAGCUGGGCUUGUUUACCCUGCUGUCAUAGUUCACAGUAGCUCACAGUAAAGCUUCUGCUUAAGAUCACUGAGGGACACUAUUGGGUAUUUAUAUUUGUCUGCUUUUACUAUGGCCUUUACUGGAGCAACAGAGACUCCAAUCCAAAAACAGGAAGAUGCUAAGUGCUGGUACCUUAAGGACCUGAACACACAUCCUAUAAGGGGUCUGGUUUGACAGGUUAUAUUCAGUUUCUGUCGUCUACCUGCUGCUGUCUAGGUUUCUACUAUGACCGGAGAGACAGGUCAAGGACACAGCAGGAGGUCCAAGCAUGAAGAUGAGAUUAGGAGGGAGACACCACUGGAGAAAGACCAGGCCCAUACUGGUUCAGAUGAUUAGAAAAUUGUGUGCCAGUGUAGCUUGAAAAUGAAAAUGAAACUGAAAAUAAAGUGUCACAGAUGGGUGGUUUUUUGGGGUGGGGCAGGCUUUCUUUAUAAAAAUACUGCACUUUUGUUCACUAGCAAGGCUGUAGUAUGGGGCUCACAGAUGCAUCUUAAAAUAUUAGGAUGUGAAAAAGUUCACUGUCCUUUUUAAAGAAAGAGUAAAGCCAAUAUAGUUGGAAUUCUUACAAGUAGGGCUGGGCGAUAUGGGAAAAAAAUUAUCACAAUAUAUUUUUUUCAUAUCAGUCGAUAUUGAUAUACAACACAAUACAAAAAAUGAAAUUUAACAGUGCUUGUUGGUAGCAUGUCUUUUACAAUACAAUAAGCUACUACAUCUGUGAGGUCUUUGUGUCUCUUCGACGUUUUGUUGUGAGGUGUUGCGCUAGAGAAAGCGGACUGCAUGGUUGACUGUUUUGGCUGAACAGGCGCCAUGGGCUCCUUGCUCCGCUUGGGGUUUGUAACCUUUUGCACUGUGCAUGCUCUGCCGAGUGGCACUGCUUCAGGUGCUAAAAAUUAUUUGAGGUAUUCCCAGACUUUGCGAGAACAUGUACUCGACAUAAUUUGCAGUGCACAUUACUCUGCUUCAUUUCUGACCUCAAAAAACCAAAACACCUCCACACCUGAGCAUCUGAGCAUAUUUUCUGAAGAUGCUUAGAUACAUGUCAUUAUAUCAAGCCACUCCUGAACCACAGGCAGUGUUAAAAACAUCUAACAUGGGAAAAGGUGAUGCUGAUGAUGCCUACAGGUCCUAGAACCUGCCCUUAAAAAUACAGAAAAGCUGAAGGUUGUUAUCAAAGCAGCCUGGGCUUCAAUUACACAUUCUGCAUCACACCGAUGCAGUUAUUCAUGGUAAAGAAGCAACAACCAAAUACUCAGUGUAUGAACAAACAUACAUUUCAAGACUAGCAUAUAUUUGUUUUUGAUUUUUCUAAUGAUAGGAGAUACUAGAUACUACUGUAACGCACCUAUUAUUGUUUGACAUCACCAAAUUAGGGCAAAACCCCAAACUUAGCUAAUCAUUUACUGUCUUUGACUGCCAGAUCAUGUGCUAAUUCCCUGCUAUCAAUCAGUGUGGCUGAUACAUAUCUGUGUACAGAGAACAAUGUUUCUGACGGAGACAAGCUACAUUUUGCAGCAUCCUAGUCUUUGAAUCAGUUUGGUAGGUCCCAUAAUAAUAAAUUUUUGCUUGACUUAAUAACAGAGAAACUCCAUCACUGGUCAUUCACGUUACAGGUAAAAGGUCACUGAGCUCUUUUUUUACCAGCUGCCGUGCUGCCAAGUUUCCUACCCAUCAUGGUCUUCUGUUAUUUAUAUAUACACACAUGACACACUGGUCACAAUACCUGGGGAUCAGUCUGGGCAAAUGAAGCACAGCAGUCAGAUUUCCAAAACAUAAAAUUUACCAAGAAACUCUAAAACAUCUGAAACUUUGGUUAUGUAUAAAACAUGUUGAUUGCUAUAUUAUGUUUUCAUCUACUGCAUCUUGGUGUGUUCAUGAUAAAAUAAGACAACCAAAGCAGUCAACUGUAUGUGUCUUUAACUGAACUAAUCUUAUGGUGAAGGUCUGUCACAUUAAAAAUGCAGACUACAGGCUGAAACUCGAUAUCAAAGUAUUUAUCCACCUGCACACAGACGCACUAAUGUUAGCUACUCUCUGUAUUUUCACUUUUGUUUGUCGAUGUUCAUGUGUCACAGUUGCCGACUUUGGAUUGUGUAGUUGAAUCUGUGUUACUUUCAGAAUAUCUUGCUGCUUUUACCAUGACAGAGACCUUGAUCACAGCAGAACAAUUCCUUACAGACACUUUCACAACAAUCAGCUUUCAGUUGAGUAUUAUUAGCACUAGACAGUAUAAUAGAGACCAUCGUCUAAAAGUGUUAAAAUACCAGAAGAACUCUAAAAAUUUUCUAAACAAAGAACUUUUGCUCAUUAGUGAAACAUUUUAUAGAAAUGAAAAACAUCUUUAUCACUAGUACAGUGUUUGGAUCUCGAUCAGUGGAGUCUUUUCUCCCCAACAUUUUAUUUUUUACUUGUUCAUCCUCAAUGCAAGCCCUUGUGAACACAUCCUUAUAUUGUGUAAUAGUGUCAGUAAUUUCCUAAGUGGUAUCACAUAACUCUUGCGGUGUCUGUGUUCUCUGCAGGCCUCCAGGAUGGCCCAGGCAGACAGCAAAGUGCUGGUUCUGGGAGCUCUGGCUGGAGUGGCCGGCAUCAGUCUGGCUGUGGUGUGUUACCAAGGCUUCAGGUCGAAACGAAGAAACUCUUGUCCAGCGUUUUACCUCAACAGACAUAAUGAUCGGGGGACCGGCCUCAUGGUAGUGGAUGGUCCCGGUAUGCCCAGGGGUCAGAUUGAGGUGCUGGAGCGUCUGGAGGCUCUGAUCCAGUGCGUGUCAGAGCUGAAGGAGGAGAUGAAGUCAUUGAAGAACGCUCUGCCGACACUACAGGACCAAGUCAGGGAGGAGCUGAGGGGUCGUGAUGAGGCGAGGCGUGUCAGCCCCCUCCACAGGAGCACCCCGACACGAAGGAAAAGGGCUGCAGGCGCUGUCUCUGGGGCCAGAGCAGGGGGGCGGAGCUCAGAGGAAGCAGAGAGCGAGGGAGGGUGAGUACUAUAAGAACCUUAAGAUUUGUGUGCCACUUUUAAAUGUUUCCUCACAGUAGUUAGGAUGAGGUCAGCUUUAGGUUCAGGGGCUACCAGUUUCAAGUAUUGAUGCUGGUACCUGCUUGGUUAGGGAGCUGCAUCUGGUGGCAACAAAAGGAGUUUUCAAGUUGCUGUGGUAACACUUGUCAACAAUGAAGUAGUCACACCAGAACAGAUAUCGUAAUUUAAUUUGUGUCUGAUCACAUAGUUCGCAAAAUGAGCGCCAUCUUCUUCUAAUGACAACCACUGCAGCUGCUCCCUGCUGGCCAUGAGAGAGAAUACAGUUAAAGGGCAGUUCCGCAUUUUUCCACAAAUGAGUCCAGGGUGCUCAUUGACGUACUGGAUACUGUCUAUGCUUCAGCUUACCAUAUUCUCAAAAUAUGCACCCAAAAAUAUUCUUUUAUGGGUUGUUUUGAUUGUAGUAGUGGGGAGUCCUGUCUAACAUCUGUGCAGAUUAUUUGCAAACAUAGCUCAAGAUGGAAAAAUGUCUUUCCAAACUGAAAAUUCACCUCAGUGUGGUGUGAAAAUCCUUUGUUGAACAGGGGAGGAUUUAACAUUUCUCCAUUCAAACAUAUUUUACUCUACAAACUUCACACCUGAUUACUUCACAACUUUUGUAUUUCCGUCUUUUGACCCAGUCCAAUAUUUGCCCCAUCCCCCAGUGUGAUAUGUGGUGCUAUAAAAUGCACAUUUGUGGUCAUGAAGGAAUCACUUUUUUCUAAGUGGUGUGACUCAAAACCACGCAACAGUUAAUAUCAUGAAUUUAGUGAUUAGUUUCCUCACUAGCCUUAAUCAUACAUAGACAUUUUUUGCAGUUGGGAAACCCAUAACAUCUGUCGGUUAAGAUCACACUACCCUUGCUCAUGGAUCUCUGCAAGAAUCAAGGGUCAUAUUGUGAUUUCAGGAGAGAUUUCAAGAUGAAGGAUACAAAUUUGAAAUGGGUGUUAUAUUUUGAAAAUUAAAAAUCAAAGGUGAGUCCAAAGAUUCUCUUUGUUUUUCUUUCCAUUUUCCUAGUGCAAGAGUCAGGAGACAUGAACCUCAAAACACAGUGUGUCUUAUCAGUAACCUGCAGCUGUACCUUUGGACACUUAGCGAUCACUGCCAGAGUCAGAUUUGACUGAAAAAGAACAAAAACAAGUCCCUGCUGUGGAAGCAGUUUAACUUUUGUACAACUGUGAAACUCAAAGUGCAACAAUAACAAUAACAUUAUAACAAGAAUAUCUAUGGUUGUAGUUUUAGUCUACCUCAGUAUAACAUAAUAUUCUAAUGAAGCUCCACAUAGCUGUGCCUCAUUAUAUCAUUACAUCAGGCAGAUAAACUGUGAUUAACCCCAAAUUUACAAAUAUUUGCUUAGUUUGUUUCUUAUGCACAUAACUGCAACAGGUUAGAGGCUGUUGGUUACAAUGUGCAGUGAAACUUCCUCUGGGACACAGUUAUGCUGUGGACAUGACCAAAGAAUGCUCCUACAACCUGAUCAAUAUGGCCCUUUCUUUUUUUUUUUUAAUAUUAAAGCUGUGUUUUUAGAAAAGCUGAAGAUGGUUUAUUAACUAAUCCUUGAAUAUGAACUUUUAAAACAAAACAGUCUUCAAUAGUUCACAUUUUUUUAAUGGCAAAUUAUAUCAGAUUAUGGUAUUUCAUGGUGUGGUAUAGAAUGGUAUCGUCUCAUACUAAUCUAUUCUAACAUAACUAAUGAUAUUGAACUGUCAGAUGUUAGUUUUUGAGGGUCUGACAUUUACAGUUGCUGCUUGUGAUAGAGCUGGGAUGGUGUCAUCAGUACAGAGUUUGUCCAGCAGACUUCACUGUUUACAACACUUUAGCUGCUGCUCAUGAGCUGACACAGGAGCAGAGCUGAGCUGCAGGUUUUAUAACAAGUUUACGUUUCUGCCUCUGCUUCAGGAGCGUCUCAUGUUCAGCCACUAAUUGUCUUCAGGAUUAUUUCUUAAUCGAACAUGAAAAAUUCCAUCAGACAUGUGCACAACAGAAAAAAACUGCAGGUUUCCUGCUCAACAAGUGGUAAACUGUGAACUAAUGUCAGGUUAAUUCAUCUUAAUUACUGAUUACUGCGGGGACCGAACAUUUUGUGGGCCCCCCACAUUACCAGUCAGACUCGCUCGCUCCAUUUCCGUGCUGAAUAAUACUGAUGACAGUAUGUACAUUAGCCUGAGGCGCUGCACAGAACAGCAGACUAAUCAAGCAGCACAUGCCCAGUCAUCCACCUCUAACCUCAGCCAAACACCUUGAACGUGUGCCAGCCUUAGAUAACAUAAACAACAGAUGUGUGUCUGUUCAAUAGACAAUUAUUCUGAACCUCAUCUCAUAAAAAACAAACAUCAGCUGUCAUACUAUGAUAAUUAGAACCAAACUUUUCAGCAGUCAUGCAGCCACAGCAAAAGUCUUCCCGGAGAUGACUCGAUACUUUCAAACAUGUCAUUUGUUAACUGUGUGAAAGUUGGCAGACAUGCUCUUCCACAUGCAAAUCUCUGCUAGGACACUCUGUCCGCCGCUUCAGUACUCAACCCGAUGUGACCCUUGAUCUUCUCCGUAGGAAGUGAAGUUUGUGAAGUGCCAAGAAGACAAGCUUCUGUCAAAUCCUAACCACACAGUUUGAACUGUGCGGUGAGUCUUAGAUUAGAGCUGUACAGCUCCUCCCUGCUUCUGUUACUGUCCUCACAAUGAUUAAUCAGCUGCCUCCAAGCCAUUUUUACAACUACAACAACAUUAAGUAGGCCAAGUGAACAUCCAGUGCACCCUGGGUAAUAAAUGUUAACUGUCUGUGUCCUCUAAGAAUCACAUUCCAGGCGGAGGCUGGGUCCUGAUUUUUUCUUUACUGUUUAUGUUUAUACAACGUCAGCAGUUAUAUAAUGUUUAAGAUAACUGGCUCAGGAAAAUAGGACAGCUCCAGAGCCAAGCAUGAGGAAAAUAAACAAGGAGAGAAAGAUAAUUGAGUUUGAAUUAGCAUCUGAGGGUCAAGUCGCAGUGUGUAGAUGUUUGUUUUGUUUUUUUUUACUCAUUUUUCCUAAAUUUUUCUUUUACUUCUAAAAUCACUGUGAUACUGAAACAUCUUUUAGUUUUUGAUGUUUAUAUUCUUCAAAUGCACUUAGUCCAAACACACUGUAUCCGUUAAGGUCCACAGGUUGUUUCCAAUCUGCAAAGGUUGUGUGCUUGUCCCUCAGUUGUCAGUGAUCCAGCUUAUGUAUUAGCAGUGUGACCAGGUAACAUGAAAGUAACGGUGUUACUUAAAAAAUUUAGUUUUCAAGUCCUUCUGCACUUGCAAAAUGAACAUUUUUGCAUCUUCUGCUCUCAGUAUUUUGCACAGUAGGCAGAAAUUCUCCAUAUUGCAUAUUCAUCAAUGCAAACACACUAAAUGGACAAUCUGUGUUAUCUUGUGUAUUUUAAAGAUUCAGCCCUCAGCGUGCACCAUUAGUUCAUCAGCUUGGGCCUUUUUUUUGGUGUGUGAUAUCAAGUUUUUACAUGUUUUUACACAUGCAAACCUGAAGUAAUUCCAGCUCUCCUUCUACUAUGAGGAUUUGUUGCAAGCAGUAAAAAUGGUCAAGCUCAGAGAUGUGAGUGACGUUGAUCAGGACCAGAUUGCGUUGGCCUGACAGAGCAUCUCAAAAACUGCAGCUCUUGUGAAGUGUCUGAGUGGCCAGUGCCAAAAGUGUGGUGAGUGAGGAAAUCUGCUAAGUCUGCAACAACUUCUGAUCCAACUGUAGAGCUACUGGAGCUCAAACAGCUGAAAAAGUUACUGCUGUUCUGGUCAAAAGGUGUCAGACUACACAGUGUAUCACAGUUCGAUGUGGUGGACUAAUAGCUCCAGUCCAUGGAGCCAGACCUCACAGCUUACAACACUUAAAGGAUCUGCUGCUAACAACCUCAGGGGUCACAGACCUCUUACUUAGACCAGAGGUUUUGUAAGUUCAGAUUUUGAUAGGUCUAGACUCUUUGGGCCUUUACAUAAUAGGUAAAGAGAUUACACAAAAUGAGGCAUUCAGCCAUUAUGCUGUGCACUGAUAAAGAAAAAGUUCAGACUGAUUUUUUUUUUUAACACAGAUCACACGCUUAACUAUUGUGGCCACAAUUCCACAAGGGUGUCUCCACAGACACGAGAUCUCUCAGAAACACUCAUGUCUUUUACUCAGACAUUAAAAGGCACUCAUGUGUUGAUGUUUUAAAUACAGUCAUUAGUCACUAUUUGAAAGAAAUUUGAAGGCGGGAUGUUUUCUUUCAUGCUACUCAAUGAGUAGCAGCGUCAAGUUGCAGUUGACAUUGUACACAAAAGUUAGCUUCUUCCUUCUCCUUUUUUGAGCAUGUAGAAACCUUUAAUUUAAUUGAUUAUCUGUGAGAAAUAUCAUUUGAAAAAUUCAUCCUUGUUGAUUCUCAUGUUCAAAAAUAAAUUUCAUUUCAUUCAUUCAUUCCUAAAUCAAUGGUUGGUUAUUGCAGGUACUUCAUCAGAAGCACACUGACCUGGAAUCAUAGUCUAAUCAGAGUAUAAUAAUAAGAGUAUUGAACCAUGAUUGGAAGAAGUAAAAGAGUCAAAUUGACACUCCACAGGAGAGUAUUAUUUGCACACCAUAGACUGUACAGUAUAAUACAUGGAAGUGGUGUUUGUGAUGUCACCGGUAACACUUAAUUUGACACCUAUCUCUAUACCGCAUCAUAAAUAUAUUUAUAAUGUGUUAUAGUCACGUUAGAACACUGAUAACAGUGUUAUAACUGAUAACAACUCACUAAAAAUGCCCACAUAGAUAAUGCCUGAUACAUAAAAAUACCUGACCUUGUAAGUCAUGAUCAUAAUGCUAUAUAAUGUGUUAUGAUUACUGCUAUAAAGCAUUAUGAUCAUUUAUGAGUGUUUAUAACUAAGUUAUACAGUGCUAUAACCUGAUUAUAAUGCAUUACAACUAUAUUUAUAAUGUGUUAUAGAGAUAGGCGUCAAAUUAAGUGUUACCAUGUCACCUAUCUGUUUCUGAAGCAAGGAUUUGAAGCCUAUCGGCGCCUGUCGCCAUUCUGGAAAUGCUGACUCACAUUAAGUUGUGGUUGACAUACCUGAGACAGGCAUUAAGGCUCUUCAUAAACAGCUACAGUGUUCCCUGCUGGCAGUCAGUCAAGUCAGCCAUGUCUUUGAUUUUACUGAUUUAACAACCUUUUUAACCCUGAAAAUUGAGUCCCUGGAUAGUGGGAACCUGAACCAAGCUGUGCCCUCUCAGUCAUCAGGAGUUGCAAACUGGGCCCUAAAUCUGGCCUAAGGUGUCUUGUGUGAUGCCAACCAAAGUACACUAUGAAGAGCGCUGUGUCGUAUGAGAUUGCCACAGCCGCUCAUAUGUUUCUGCAACCUAGUUCGGGUUAGGGUUAGAGGAAAUACAGGAAUCGAUAGCUCUAUUGCCUGUAGGGUAAAACAGUGUUUAGAAAUGGUCAUAUUUCUAGUGAACACCAUCUGCUAAAAUCCCCUCCAGCAUUGUUUACUGCACAGCAAGUUCUAUAAACACUGGAAACAUACCACACAGAGAUACUAGUAUUAUAUCUUUUAUGUAAGCAGGUCCGUCAGACAGUCUCGACACUCAAGCUCCACUCGUGUUACCUUUGCCCCCCUCUUUGGUUGGAGGAACAGUGUGAAGAGUAAGACUGCCCUCUAGCAGGUACAGUUCGCUGGUUUUGAGUGGCAGUCGUCGGCCGCAUCAAAUGCUCUUAAUUACAGCCUGGGUUAUUAUGCUUUAAAAGAAAUCACCUCACGCACACACCUCCCAUAAUUAGAGAGCCUUUCCUGCCGCUCUGUUAUUUGUAUGAGCAGAGGGUGUGGGGGUUAGUGGGAAUGGUGCAGUGAAGAAAUUUUCAGCCCCUCAGGGGAUGUGUAGCGUUCCCCCAGAGGAGCCGGUUACACCCCUAAUCCUCACAUGUCUGCUCGACUGGCCUGGAACUGUUUAGAGAACAACAUCUCCACAUAAGAUCCCCCCGUAUGAGCCGUGAUACGCAGGGUUGGGUAACAGUUGUUGCACGUUUGUUGAAAUCUAAAGCCUCGAGAAUAAAUUCAGGAUUAGCAAGAUUAGCACAGUUAUUGCUCGGUGCAGAAUGGAAAUGUGCAAAAACUCUGAGUGCAACAUUGAAUUUAUAUAGAACUUCAUCUGUUUCUACCACAGGAAUAAGGAAAGACAUCUUAAGGCGUGUAGUCAGGUGGACGUCUUUUAAUUUACAGCUUCAGCAAGGGUUCAGCUUUCCAACAGGGGGCAUUAUGAACAGGAGCAGCAACACAUCCCCCAGUUAGAGGAGCCUGAUAGAGACACAGGCUUGUGUUUCUACCAUCCAAGCAUAAUGGUUUUCUGACAUCCCUGUUUUUGUGUUUUAUUAUUCCAAAGCAAGUUGACCAUGAAAAGAGAGAAAACGCCAUUCCUGUUUCCACAUACAGAACUUUUUCUGGAGACACUCCAGGUGUGACAGCGCCGGCAGUGUGUCUGAUCAGACAGUCAGAGUGACGAUGUACAAACUCCUGCAGUAAUACUCGCAGGCAGCGCAGCGUUUAGCAUGACGUUAUGUCAGAGCUAUUGGGUGUCGAUCAAUACAGGAACAUGCAGACCCAGCCUCUAUAAGGUUGAAAGUUCCAGCUGUUUAUUCCUCUCACUCGUCAUGUGUCACAGCGGCUUCCUCAGAGCUACCUCUGUGCAGGUAAGGAGAUCCAUCAAUCAGCCCGUCUGUGUGCCAAGCUGUCAGAGGCCUCAUUUCAAAGUAUCUUGUAGGAACUUGUAAUUCCUUGAACAGUUCCCGUUGAGUUUAUUCACAUCACGGCGCUGUAGCUUAAGGACAUUACCUCUUCUUUUUUCCUUCUCCAAAAAAUAGCAUUUAUGGAUACUGGAUAGUUGUUGAUUUAAGCAGAUUUAAGUAGGAGUUUUGUUUAGCGGCGGGCAUGUCUGAUCAACACGCAGAAAUGUUUAGAAAAGAGAAAAGGGAGUUCAUUGUCUGUGAAGCGAUUAAAAGCUUUAGUAUAACUUCCUCGUGACGUCAUGGGAUGUGUUGCUCUGCAGGCAGCUGUCCAUAUCCAAGACAUUCAAAUAGUAUAUCCUACCAUUCAGUGAAAGACAAACAAACAUGUUUUCUUGAAUGGUGCACGGAGCGUACAGUCUUCACAGAGCAGACAUGAUCUGACGUCUGGUGUCCCCAGUCAGUCUGUUAUGUAUACUGUACGUCUGACCACCCACACUGCUGUUUCUAUGGCAGAUAUACGAAAUGUUGAUUUUUAUUGUUAAUUACUGGAUUCAUCCUGGAUCAUUUUUGAAGAAACAAAAAAAAAAUAAUCAAUGAAAAAUAUGUGUUUUACUUAGAGCAGAUUAAAUGUGAACCAUUGUGGGAAGUGGGUCAUUCUUUCAGAGUCAAGAUCCUUCAUUGAGGGCCUGACUGGAUGUUUGAGAUAGAUCCUGAUAUUACAGGGGAUACAUUCAUCGUUUAUUAACUUGAGUGAAUAAGCUGUGGAGACAUGCGGCUUUUAAUAUUAACAUUUAUUCUAUUACAUUGAAUUUUUUAUUUUUUAUUUUUUUUGAUAAAUUGGGGUGAACCAAUAUUGGUGUUUUCAGGGUAGAUACCAAAACAGACACAGAUCCAGAUAAUAAGCAGUACAUGUGACCGAUAGGUAAUAUUUGGAAUGGUGAUUCAUUGACAGUAAAAAACGUUCAGUCAAAAGUUAUGAUUUGAAAUAUUGCAAACUCUUAUGUGACAACUUUUGAAAUACCUUUAGCAAACAUUUCAGCAAACUUUCAAAAUCAUAUACAGAAGUUAAAAAUUAAUACUUAAUACUUAUGUCACACAGUUUUGUGAUGUCCAGCCAAUCAGAUGGUGUUGUGGGCGUGGCAUUAGGUGGAGCAAAGUGUUACAAGAGAACAGACCCAGAGGUAAAGAUAUCCCAGCAGAUCGCUGAAAAGGUUGAUAGACAGUCACUGACUGCUAAAUAUCGUUUUACCCCUGCUCCUGAAUAUUUCAACUCAGAAGGACGUGCUGUUUGGAAAACAAAAAGAAAUCAUCGUCAAGCCCCGAAGCAGACAAAUUUGGUUCAAAUUUGUGGUUUGGUUCGGCUCGUGACUCUUUACCACAUGCCAUUCUUCACUUUUUCUCCUCCAGUUCCAACUCGGUCAACUCCGCUGUUUCUAAAUAAAGGCACAAAAGCCCAAAAGUCAACUUUGAACAAAGAGACUUUAGGACAUUAAAUAAGAGAGAUGAAGGGCUGACAGCACCUCUGCUGCUAGUUGGCUUAACGAUCAAAUUCUUUGUUUUGCUAGCUGUCACCAGAAUAACUUAUUACUGUUUCCAUUAUUGUUAGCCUGCUAGAGUGCAGGACAUAAAUCUGAGCUGUGGGGCUCAAUUUCAUGAUUUCUGAGCGUUUUCUUGAUCCACUGUGGUGAGCUUGUAAGAAUUUCAACUUCUAUUCGUCAGCUCUGAGAUUAAAGUUCCUGACAUUUACAGAGGAGACUGAAAGUUUUAUUGAUGCGUUUUUCAGAUAAAAGAGGCUGUGAGUGGUAAGACUGACAGUUAAAUAACUGUAAUUUUCUGAAGCCUGAAACUGGUGCAAACUGAUGAAACUCACAAAAAAUUAUACAUAUGACAGUCAGAGGUUAGUGGGAUGAGAUUCUUUUAUCAGUAAACAUAACUAAAGUAUGUAGAGGAUAAGGUAAACAAAGUCUGCUUUGUCCACAGGGGGGCACCAAAAUUGGCAUUGACCAAAAGUUCCUCACAGGAGCUUUAAUUGUCACCUUUGUCUUCAAAUCGUCCUAAGUUUGUUUCAGUUUUCAAGUGUGUUCAAAGAAUUUGUUACAUUCCUGUUUAUUUUUUCUUUGAGUUUUGGAUAUCGGUCCCUCAGACUCCAUCUCAUAAAGAUCUGUGGAGACAGACUUCUCUUGGGGUCUGCCUCAAGUGGCCAUUCAAGGAACUGAAGUUACUGGCCCUCCCGUGUGUAUACACCAUUAUUCAAUCCUGAGACAGCUGCUUCGUUCACACGUGUUUCUUGACUGUUGUUCUUGCCUUUUGGCAAAAGUCAUAAAUUUAACGUCACGAAUGAACAAAACUCAAAUUUCCAAACGGGUUUGUUCCUCCAGCUAUUUUAGGAGCAGAGUGUUACAACAUCCUUACUGAAGAGCUAUUUGUGGCUAAACUAACAAGAUGAAUUGCUGCAUUCAUUGGUGCCGCUGUAGUUUCCUGAUGUGUCUGUCAAAAACGAGUGACAGGUUAUUUCCCUCUGCCUGUAUUGCUUAAAACAUCAAAGGAGAGCAGACUAAAGUCACAAACUCUGUGUUGUUAUGAGCAGCUGAUCUGUGAGAUAGUGGGAGUCAGGCCUGCUCAGCUUAUGGGAAGGGAGAAGAGGGGGGCUGUUUGCAGUCAGACAGCCAUUGUUGUAAAGUGGGCUCUCAAUAGUCCUGUCACCGCUGCUACAUACACUGAAUGAGUGGGACUGCAUGUUCCAGAGCUCACUGAUGUUGGGAUGGUAACUCUGGUUUGUUUUGAGCGUGUAACCGAGGAGACUGCCGUGCCGAGCUCUAUUGAGAGAUCCCUUCAAGGCCCCGUGGGGUCUGGGUACUGAAUAGCUGAUCUCUUCCAGCGAGCACACUGCAUGUUCAAAAUAAAGCUCUCCAGUCUUUAGCCUCAGAUACAAGGGCUGCAAAGUCAGACCAAGUGUGGUCGCUGAAUACGAAAUCAAAAAUUUAUUAAAGUGAGUAGUGAAAGAUUUCUGAAUAUGAUGUCAACAUGUUUCUCUGAGGACGUCAGACUGAUAUAUGUCAGCUCAGCACUACUUUAUCAAGUUAUUUAAGAGUUACAGUUUAACUCCAGCUGCGAUAAUAAAUAAGAGAUUGGAGUAUUUACUCAUUUUAAAUUUUGUGAGCUUAGACACUGAGAAUCUUUAAACUUGGUCAUCGGGUCAAUUUUUCAUAUUUUUUUUUGUUUUUGUUUGUUUUUUAUGUUGAGCCACUUGGGGUCAAGGCAAAGUUCAAACAAACAAACAAAAAAAACUGUCUCUCUCUCCUUCUCCUCCUCCAUUCCCUGACAGAAAUGUGGGAGUGGGUGAGGUAGAGGGUCCAGCAUGAGCACAAAGAUGUGAGCUCCAGCAUGAGCACAAACAGACUUUUCGCCCUGGCUGGUCCUUUAUUCGUCUUUUUUCUGACUCCUCCUCUUCACACUUCCCUCUUUAUCUCUCUGUUUAUUCCUUCAUGAAAAUAGAUGGCUGAGUGUGCAAAGAGGUCCAAAGUGUGGCUACAUUUUAAAGUGAAAUGCAGUUUGUAACGCAAAAUAAUUUCCUCCAACCUCCAUGACCAAGCACAUGAGUAUUGUGCAUCAAAUCAAGUCAAAAUGCAAAACCUUUGACUUAUUGCACCUUGAAACUAAUUAGCCUUCACCAGCCUCUGUCGCAGGUAAUGCAGGGCCGCCAUCCUCCUCUUCAUACAAAGUAGCCGGGGUAAAAACACCCAGACUUAAAAGCAGAUUGUUGAAGUCAGUGUUGACAUCCUUGUUAAAAUUAGCAGAAUAAAUGAGCUUUUUAGCUAACCAAUCAAGAUGACAUACAAACACAAGCUAAGGUGAUCACGGCUGAGUCAGCAAUAUGAGAAUUAAGCAAAAGUAAAUAACUUUUCAUCGUGAUGUGUCCAAAUGUGACAUCCACAAAAGAAGUCAAAUUGAAAAACCUGUAUAAAUACAAAAGAUUGGAGGGAAAAAAGUAACAAAAAAACCUUAAUAGCAGGGAUAAAAGUAUUAGUAUCAAUGAUAAUAAUAAUAAUAAUAUCAAUAAUAAUACUCAUCAUCAUCAUCCUCAUCAUCAUAAACCCCAUCCCUUUUGGGAGCACAGAGAAUUUGUAGAUUUUUAAAAAAUGCAUUUAGCAGGGACUCCGUUAUUUUAAACAUGUUGUGCUACAGCAGUAAAAACUGUCAUGGUAGAGAGAGGAGAGCUCCUCUCUUAGCUGACCUUGGAGAGGAGCAGAAGGAGUAGAUAUGUGUGAUAGUGAAGCAGAGGGACAACACGAGAUAGAGAGGUGAACAGUGUGAAUGAGCAUCACCCAUCCAAUGAUUUCCAGCUUCAACAGUGUGUCGAAGGUUGAAUUGUUAGGAGUGUCAAACUUUGAAUGCAUAUGAACAUGCAGUCAUAUCAAUAAUUGUAUUCAAUAAUCAUAAUCUCUUAUUGAGCAGCUCUCCAGUGUUACAUGAUCAGCAGAGGCCUGUUUGUCAACUGACCUGAACAUAUCAUUAAACCUGUCUUACUGUAUUUAAUGCCACUUAAUAACAGAGCACUGAUAAUGAUAGAGUUCUCUGUUGCCACCUUCUUUCACCAUAUUCAUUCUUUUAAUAUCAUCCUCAAUCACAGGUCAUUCCCCCUUUUCUCCAGUUUGUUUGCUUGCAUUUUUUCUUUGCAAAGAGUCCAGUUAUUUCCCUCAUGUUUUUUCUGCCUGCCCACUCAAGCUGAAGUUGCCUGCAGAAAACAAAAUCAUGUCAUGUGUGGGUCGUAAGUGGGCCUGCUGGUGUAUUAUAGUUGGUGUUGACGCGCUGAUGACAAUAUUUAGACGUGUUCUUUCAGAGCUGUGCACUACGAGUAACUUUACAAGGAUAAUAAUGGCUCCCACACACAAUCAUGGACACAAAAUAAACACACACACACUAAUACAAAUAGAUCCUUAGUUUCUUUUUUCUUUCAACUCAAGUGAUUGAUGAGCCGUGGAAUGGCGUGACAGGAAUGCGCUGAUCACUCAGUCCUCCAGCUCCACUGAGAAAAUAACUGCAGGGACUGUUCAAUGAAUAAAAGAACAAAAGGGUGAAUGAAUUAGGGAAUGUAUGAAUAGAUGACACAAGUCCAAUAAUGAGACGAUCUGAUUACAGUUCAAAAGCCAUGUCUGAGUGUUGCAAGUCAUUGCUCUGUAAUAUGGUGAGAGCAGACCACAACAGUAAGAGUCGACACGAAAGCACACCCAUUCAGGGUUUUGGCGAGCGUUGGCCAAUAAAUGCCUGCAGUUUGGAGUGUUUGCUCAGGGGUUAGUGCAUGAAGGGACUGAGGUGUUGGGAAAAGGCUUUGCACACCAUCUUAAAAUUAAGGUAGAAAAACAGAAAGAGGAGAAAUCAAAGAUACCCAAGUGUAGUUUACGAUAACAAUGAUUUUACGUUUCCUUCUGAGUUAUAGGACUUAAAUAAAAAAACAGACUCCUCAUUUUAUUCAACUUAACAUUUCCAAAUAUUUCAACUUGUCGCUUGUGCUUCUGUCAAACUCCACUUCAGGAAAGCUACAGUUUUCAUUUUUUUUAAUUGUUUUUGUACACUUUCUGAAAUGAUUGAGACACUUUUGCAUCGACUUGACCUUUGCAGCACACUUCGAAAAGAAAGGAGGGCAGAGGAUGAUUUUGCAUGUUGUGUCUGCUAAACGACCUCAUUUUUUCAUUGACAGUUUAGUGCGUGAGAUUCAGGGGAAUAGUGAUGGAAUGUAACCUUGAUUUGUUUUUCAAAAGUUGUUUUCCAUAUUUCCAACUCAGCUUUUAUGCCAACAGACAUGUUCUGUCCAUGAAAUCCAGCAUAUUUCUACAGUAGGCCAGAAAGGAUAAACCAAACACAGCCUGUCAUGUUUUUUCAAGAGCUUUUGUUGCCACUGUAGAUUCUCCUGUGCGCUCAGAAGAGGAGGGUGUGGGCAGUGCUAGUCUGUGAGAUAUCUGCAGCAUCACCAGUGGAUACCACAAAAUGCUACACACUAUAUUUGCUUUUGUAUUGAUGACUUGGUGCAUGCCCCUUUUCCAAAAAAUCUGGGAUUUGGGGACAAAUUUAAUCCAUAAUAGUGAGAAGACUAACACAUUCAUGGUUGUCAGUGAAGAUUGUAAUCGACUCAUGAGGUGCAUAUGCUUAUCUGAAAUUUGAUGCCUGUAGAAAAGUGGAACAGGGACAAAAAAAAGAAGAAAACAUAGAAGGGCUCAUUUACAACACGUUAGUAACAUUACUGACUGUCACUAUUAAAGAUGGAAGCAGGUUCACCACUUUGUCAAGAAUAAGACUAACUUUAUUUUAUCCCCAAAGGGAAAUUCAAUUGUCUUUAGUCUCACUUGUCAUGUCUCAAAAAGUCAUCUACUAUUUAUGGAAGAAUAGUAAAGUCUGAUGGCUGUGGGUAGAAAAUAUCUUCUGAACCUUUCUGCUCUGCAGCGAAGAGAGAGGAGCCGUCCACCAGAGAAUUUGGGAUUUCAUCAUCCUCACUCUGUGUGCAACACCAUCAAAAGAGUCAGAAAUUCAGGAGAAAAAGAGACCAGAUCAAAAACACAUCACAAUACCAGGUGGCUGUGCACUUCAGGCCCUCAGCUAGCACUGAAAACUACAAUUUGAAAUUGACUGUAGUAAAAAUAAUCGCAUGGGGUCCAAGUCACAUCUGACAAUGAUCAUCUGUAAACAAAGUUUGUUGCUUCAUCCAUGCAAAAAACAAAAAAACUAUUAAAAGGAAUGACUUUUUCUGGUUGAACCUAUUCAGGGGUUGGAAAAUUGUUAUUUGGUCUGACAAAUCAAACUAUGAAUUUCUUAUUGGAAACCAUGGACGCUGGAUCCUCCUCUCAAAGGGGUAAAGGGACCACCCAGCUUUUUACCGGUCUGCAGCUCUAAACCAGCAUCCUUGAUGCAGUGGAAAUGCACUAAGACACCAUGACUUUUUUAGGGAGGACCUUGCAUAUUUUAGCAAGACAAUGCAAAGCCACAUUCUGCACGUUUUUAAAGCGGCAUGGCUCUGUAGUAUAAUAGUCUGGGUGCUAAACUGGCCUGCCUACAGUCCCGACCAGUCUGCCAAUGAAAACGUUUGAUGCUACAUGAAAGGAGGAAUACCUGCGAAAACAUCAUUACACAAUUUGCAGAAAAGGACACCAACAGAUUUUAAAGUGUAAAUAAGCUGAAUCAAGGAUGGUCAUGCUUUGGAUCUGAGAGGAAGGACACUGAGUCGUGUGAAGACAGCAGUAUAAUCACUUGAUGCACUCUGCGAGUAAUCCUUUGAGUAAACAAAAUACUGAGUGCACCUUUGAUUUCAUUAAGAAAAGGAUGCAUUUGAUCACGACAGACAAUGCAACAUUGUGAUCUGUAAAGUAGGCCAGCAUUUCUUGUUUUGUGUUGUUGGCAUUAUUAGCCUUGGCACGUUGUUCUUGACAGUUCCUUUGUUGACUGAAGAAAAUCUGCAGCUCAGAAAUGCCCUCACAUUUCUCCUGUAAUCACAGCACUCUGGGCUGAAGGUGUGUGUUGUGGGGUGGAGUCAGGAAGCAGCCUCCGGCACGAGGCACCUGUUGGGUCCCAAGUGUUUCUGUCUGUGGCCCGCUCUGACACAUCCCCCCAGAACCAUGGCUGGCAGCCCAAAAUAUUCCCUUAACCACCAAUGACGCACAUGCAGCAGCUGCCAACACUUAAUGGAGGCUUUUCAUAUUUUCACCCUUGUCUAUGUCUUUCAUUUUUUACCUUUACCAUUAAUACGGCUGUUAUUUUACUAGAGUUAGCUCAAGGUGUUUGUACAUACUUACAGAAGUUGAAAGGCUCCAUAAAACAUCUAAUGCGGCUGUUGCGUGCCUCACCCCGACAAACAAGUCUCCCUGUGUUGGUGCGAAAGCCUUCAGGUAUCCGUGCUAAGGCGUCAAGAUUUUCAAACAGCCAGUCUUUAUAAACAAUUAAGUGACCCACUUAUGUAAACAAAUUGUGUGUGUAAACAUGCCGUUGAGAUUGAUCUUUUAAAAUCAGCACCUGGCAGGAGAAAGUGUUAGAAACGCUUGUUAAGACUUCAAUGUUUGACUUAACUCAGAGAGGGGUUUGACUUCACUUCACAUGUAGGCGAUGGUGAAGACGGGGCUCGAGCCAUCGACUUUUACCUCAGGGAAACUGGCAACAGUUGGCUGAUGUAGCUGAAGGCGGGGUGGAGAUAAUCAGGGAAGUUUUAUUGCACAUGCUGACAGAAGCUUCUUUUACCAACACAUUGUUCUUUGUUGUUUUCAGAUAUAUAACAGCGCUGACAGACUCUGACGAGGACGAGCUGAGCGACGCACAACAGAGUGAGGAGGAACAACCUGCAGACCAGCUCACUGUCCUGCUCGAGAGGAUCGACUCUUUGCACAAGGGCACUGACUCAGAAAAGAGGGAGAGUCUUGACCUCCUUCUGCAGCACAGAGAGGAGGUGUGUUAUACCGCUUCACUCCCUGUGCAUAUUCCAGUGAUGCAUGAUGACUGUGGUUCUACAGUUUUCACCUUUAAAAAUGUCUAUAAUGCAAACUCCUCUGUGCACAACCACAACCACAAUUUUCUUCUCUGUCUUACAAGAGUUGCAAUUUCUGGCAGCCACUUAUGAAAUACAAAAAUGCAUGUGAUACCUGUUGUACAUUUUGUGCUGCUAUCAAAAAACAUGGCUGUGCAGGAUGGCAGCCUUUAUGGAAAAGGGGGGGGCACUCCAUUAUAGAUAUGAAAGUCACAUUCAAAAUUAACAGAAAUUAUUUCGAAUUAAAUGUUCUGAUGAAUAUUUUAUUCCAUUUCAUUGAAGACUAUUAGGCCACAUGCGACUACAUAACACACACAGCGUCUUGAACUGCACCGGUGAUUGUGAGUUUAAAAUUAAUAAAUAGUUUCUUCAUCUGAUAGAAAUUAUGGCGGACAAAACAGUCUUCACCUGCCUUAUUCUCUACAUGCUGAAGCUGUGGCUUUUGAGUUGCUCCUCACACUGGCUUCAGGCUUUAAAAAUGAUGAUAUAAAAGUCAUCAGUCUUGUUACAGAUGAUCAUGUUUGCUUAAGGAUAUCAUAAAGAGGCACCAGUAUGAGCUUGUUUGUUUCAUUCAUGUCAAAAAACUCCUUCACAGGAGCUUUAAAUGUGUCCAUUAUUCCUAUUUUAUACAUUUCAAGCAGGUGUUUGUCUUGAAAGGGUGACAGGACAGCUCUAAUGUUGAGGCAAAAUUGAGGCCCGUAGAUGCAUUGUUGAAUGAAGUAUUAGGGUCGCAUUAAAGAACAGAAAAAUAUUUAACAAACAAAAUCAUAAAUUUAUGAGAAUUAGGUAGAAAUUUUGUUAAUUUAGACCACUAUAACCUAUACUUUUAACAAUAAGAGGAGCAGCCAACUGCCUGACUUUAAACGGUUUCAUCCAGUGAAAUUAAACAUCGGUACAGCUUGCUCAAACAUCUUGAAUACUCAACUAUCUGGCACAUAUGCAUCACAGAAGUCUCAGGAUUUAAAGAAGGUGCAUAAAAAGCAUGUUUUCAGUGUCAGAGCAGUCUAACAAGCAACUGGAGAACACUUCUGCUACCUCUGUCUUUACUAACGUUCAGAUAUUCCCCUUCAGAACAAGAAAGAGGCUAACUGUAGAUUAAAAUUACACUAAACUGUUUCGUUAUCAAACAGCACAACUCAAACAUUGCAGUAGACUGUUUUAUGAAUAAAUAACACCAGUAGCUGCUGUGUAAUUCAGUAAAAAACAUCUGCUACAAACUCUUGAUAGAUGCUUAGUUGUUUAAUUGUUACACAACAUCUCAUUAAUUCCAUGUAACAAGGAGAAACUCCAAAUACAAAAAUUAAUACAGUCUCUAAUAACACUUUGAUGAUCCUCUGCAGUUUGGACAGAACUCUUCAUUUCUAUGGCGGCUAACCCGAGCUUACUGUGACGUCCACGACAUCAGUUCGAUUGUAGAGGAGAAGAAGACUCAUGCAGAAACAGGUAAUCUACUAAACUGUGUGUUUUACCUCAAAGACCAAGCCUUCCUCUCUGAAUGUAAAGGUGCUUAAAUGACCUUACCACAACUGUUUUACUGCUUUAGUUUUAGUGUAUUAUCUGGGAAACUCAAAUCCAUGCAGGUCUUUAUUCCUUAAGUGUCCCCACUUAGACAGCUUGAGGUCUUGUCUCACAACACAUAUGUGACAUAUCAAGACGAGUAAUAGCUGAAGGCUCUGAUGGUGGACUCAUUUUUAACACAAAAUCAUAUGAUCAGUUUGACCAGAACAUUUUCACAGAAAUAUUCAAUGAAAGAUACCUGUGCAGGUGAGACAUGGAAAAUGUCUAUCACCUGGCCAAACACUGAAAUCUAAAAGUCUGAACAAAUGUGAAAAGGCUUUUUCUGACGAAGUCUAAAUCAAAUAUUUUCAUGCACUGUUGUUAUCACAGGGUUGAUAAGAGAGUUUAUUCUUGAGGUCAAGCUCACAGCAGAACUUGGCUCUCUAAAAUCAGGUAUAAGCACUGUCUCAUGUUACUCUUUGAGACUUUGCACAGUAGACUAUAAUGUUUUUUGUUUUGAACAGAGGCAGUUUUGUGACUCUACAAAAGUGGAUUGACCUGUUUCUCUGUAAUCCUUCUUCAUCAAUGUGCCUCUGAUCAGAGCCGGCCAGGUGCUCUCUUCAAAGACACCUGUGUAAUUGACACGUGGAUAUUUUAAGAAGAAGGGCAUCAUGUUUAACAUUCAUUUAGGUAUUAAUAGAGCAGAUAGAAUGGAGACGCUCUGCACUGAGUGAUGAAGGAUUUAAUACUGAGCCCUCUGCUUGGAUUGCAUUUCAUACCACUUCUGUUUUCGUUGCUUUUAUCCGGUGCCCGCUUUCUUGUUUAUCCUGUUGUGUUUUCUCAGUCAACACACCGCCUAACUCUCAUGAUCCACACUCUCUUCCUCUGUCCUGUGAACAAGACUGUCCACAGUGAGUGCUGUGUGUGUAAUUAGUGUUUCAGUGGAGCAUCAUUAUCUCUUCUCUGUCUUUAUCUCUCUUCUCAGGGAAGAAAAUUGGCGAGGAGGCGGUGGGCCUGAACCCUACAUGUGCUGACAGUCAUCAGUGGUAGGUUUGGCUCGUUUCCUUCGCUCUACAAGCCAUCAAUUAAAAACAACCCCAGUAAAAUCCUCUGAGCUUAAACUUUACAAGAAAACAGUCAGUGACUAUAUUUACAUGCUCAUUAGUGUCUCUGUUUUGAGCUUUAUCUCGGUUUCGCUCUUAUUUUGGAUACAUUGUUCACAUGGAACACGAGAGCCCUGAUAAUCCAUAUCUCUGUAGACAUGUUAAUCACAUUAUCCAGGUUUCUGAUCAGCUGUGGCAGAUCAGCGUUUAUCUCACACCAUCUCAGUCUCUAUGUUCCAUACCAAAAUAGAAUGAUCAGAAACUCAAAUCUGGUGUUUAAAGGAUUAAGUAUCGCCUCGUUUUGCAACCCGAGCGUAACAGAUACCAUGUCCAGUGACCGGGACAGAAACUUUUUGGGGCUUGGCUGACCUCAGGGGUAGGUGUGACUUACUCUCUUAAAAUCUGUGAUCAGUCAAUCCAAAGGCGUAAAGGAAAAAAACAAUCUGAAUGAGAGUUUGAGAACAAUUUUCGUUGUACAGUACAGUAUACAUACUGUUUUUGAAAUGUUUAAAAUGUCAAUGAUGACAAUAGACUGAUUAUUGUAAUGUUAUUUAUGAUGUAAGGGAGUCAGUGUCAAUACCUAAACAUAGCUCUAGAUUCAGCCUACACCCUUUGGUUACCUCGUAAUAUGGAGUUUUGUCCUUGGUUUAUCUUUUGUGCACACUAAUUAAGUCUAAAUAAGUCAUAGAAGGUGAAAUCCAUCAACGUAAACGGGAAAUCUGAUCGGAUACUGUGCCUCAUGACUGUUUAUUUGGAAUGAAUUGCUCUGUUGAAUAAAUUGAAAGCCAGACUUGAAAAAUGUAAAGCACAAAAGUGUUUGAAAACACACACAGGAGCCUUUUUACAUGCGUGGGCGACACAGACUAUUGAUGGUAAGCAUACCUGGGCAGUCCACCCAGGCAUAUAAAACAAAUAUAAAUGGCUUUAAAAAAAUAAAAAGUAUACUUGUGUGACCACCAUUGUAGGUCUUAAUGGAGUUUUUAUAGAUCUGCACUUGUCUUGGUAACCUUUCUGCAGAUAAUCAGAGGUAAAGAUGUCCCCUGCUAUCUCUUCUUCAAUGCAGAAAUUACACUUAUGUCCAGUGUUAGAUGUUCACCUACUAAUGGUGAUGUUUCAUUUGCUUAGUUUUGCUCCUUUAUUCAUUACAAGCUGCCCUACAAAAAGCUCAUCCGUCUAACUGUUGCAUUUGCAUCACUUCACUUCACAGUUCGAUCUGUAGCGUUCACUGAACUCACUGUAGUUCUGUCUUUGAGGAGCAUUUCUCUAUCUUGCUGAAGUUUCCUCCUCUGUUUGUCAAACUGAAACUGAAGCGAUAAAAAUUAACACCAACCAAUCAAGAAAACUAAAAGAAGCCAUAUGUUGUUAAAUUGACUUACUUAAGCUUUUAUAUUGACAGUAUGUGGCUUGUUUUGGUUGAACCCCAUCGUGUGAAUCACCUGGUUCAGUUCAACUUCCUCGGUUAUGAAAGCACAAACAGGUACUUUCCCCAGAUGAGAGGUGUUGGGGGGGGGGGGGGCUUUGAGUGACGUGUUGUUCAGGAGCAGCUGUUCCUCACUCUUUAAGUGGAUGUUUGACUCAUGCAUGGCUUUGGGGAAAUUUACUAGAUGUACUUUGAAGGAGUCCAGAGAAACAUUUCAGAAAGCCAACAGCAGAAGAAAGACUUUGUGAAAUGAUCUGACCAAACUGUAGACUGUCAAAGAUGAGCGUUUCUGCCUGCAGAUGUGCAUGUAUGUGAGAUAACAGCAGCUUGCUCUGCAGACCCCCCCAACCUUCGAUAGCAUCACUUUCAGUGUGAGGAAUGUAAACACAGCCCAGGUUAACUUCACCUUGAUAGACUGACGGUGUCAGUGGAAUAGCUCUCGUGAUAAAUGGUCUGUUUUAAUUGCAGUUUCUCUUCCUGUAUGUUGGUGGUUGCUUCACACUGAGCGGAACUAUCUAACACUUUAGAUAUUAAACGCUCAAGGUCAUGCUGGUGAAACAUGUGGUGGCAAGGUAUGCAGAUUUCUGUCAAUACCCAACCAAAAGAGUAUAUUUAUGAGACCUGAUCAGAGCAACUGAUAUGAUGGAUUUUUUUUCCCUAAAAUAAAAACCACUGAGGACUAAUUCUGGGUAGACUGUACACCGUUUUGUACAAAUAUGUCUGUGCGAAAUGGUUCAACGGUUUGUCUUAUCCAGUAUCUUAAAGGGACAUUUCAACAUUUUUGAAGUGAGGUUGUUACAUGUUAUUGGUAAGUGUAUUAGCCACAAUGGACCCCGGUCAGCUUAGCCCUUUUAAUGAGAAACUGCCACUUGACAUACUACUGUUUUCUGUUGACAGGGUUAACUCUGCCACUUAACUUGGCUAAUUUUUAGGGACUCUAAUCCAAGCACUCAUCCCAGUUUAACUGAGCGCUCUCUAGACAAUGUUCAGCACUUUGCCAUCAGACAGCCCUUUUUUUUGCAUUAUUUGAAAACAAACACUCUAUGUGCUCUUAGUUACGUGGCAGAGCUGAACCUGUCUGCUAAAUAUGGUGGCAUACUAGGGCUGGGCGAUAAACCUUAAAUGUACCGAUACUGAAAUUUAUGACAAUAACCCAUGUCAUUUUGCCCAUAACGGUAUAUUCAGUGUCAGAGAAAUAAAUAAAUAAAAGUUGGUUUUAGAUGUGUGUAGGUAGGCUAUGGUCUCAUGUCCCUUUAAGAUGCUGUCCUACAUCAGAGACGUGACUCCACCCCAUCCAGUCCGUAACAACGAGGGACAGACAGGUGAGGAGAUGGUGACGGUUCAAAAGUUGGAGCGGCUGAAGUAGACAAAGUUAAUGUGGGAGGGGGUGAGCAGCUCGUGGAGUAGUUAUCGUCCACAUUUAUCAUUAUCCAGGUAAACUGCUCAAUAUAUCGUGAUUUUGACUUGAGGCCAUAUCGCCCAGCUCUAUCACAUACCUAGCGUCUUGUUUCUUCAGGAGAUUUCUCAUUAAAGGAGCUCUUAAAAUGUAAGUAAUCUGUAAUGGUUUAUAUUGCUGUUGUUGGUGGACCGAGCUAAUUAAAGGUUGCCAUCUUUGUUUUGGUUUGUCAACCAAUCAGAGGCUGUAUCUGCAAUCAGCUGACAUGUUGAGGUCCCAUCAAAAGCCAAAUGAUAUCAAAAGAAAUGCAACACUUAGACAUAACUAACUGUUUUACUUGUAUCCAUUUUGUUUUGAGAGACUUAGAAGUUUCUCUCUCACAUCGAUAAAAAUAUAGACCAGGAAUACACGGAGGAAGUAAGAGUAAGAUCGAAGUCUUACACCCCAUUUAUUUUGUGCUGAGAGGAAACAAGAGACAGGAAAAGAGACUCACGGAAUGUCAAUGAGGAGAGGCUUUGAUUUUUUCUGAGAAGACAUAAGAGAAAAAAGACAUCUGUGCAGCCAGGGUUUCUUUAUUCUGGUCUGAUGUGAAGAGGUCACAAAAUUCAAAGCGCCAUUCAUCCUCUACAGAACACGACUACACUUUCAGUUUAAAGAGUCAAUUUACUGUGCUCUCACAUUUCUGGAUGAACAAAUUUCAUGAAAUUUCAGUUACUAGACUCAACCAAUAAUGAAAUAAAUGCAUACAGUUUGUAUUGUUGCUGAAAUAAAUAUGUAGUUGAGCGAUUUCACCAUAAAGGAAAAUCAGCAAUAAGUUGACCAUCUGCAUCACAGUGUAAAAUCUGACAUCUUUUCAUAUUCUCGUUCUAUAAGACGUCAUCCAGGAGCUGUUGUGAUGUUGCACUGAAGGCUGCACAGCCACAAGGCCAAACACAAAAAUGCACAAUUAUUUCUAUGAUUUAAUCUUAUUAAAAAUAUGCCUGUUUUAUUUGAAAGCUGUUAAGAAAUCCCCUAAAAUGCUCAAAUUUGUGAAACUGAUGAUAAGAAAGGUGUUCAAUAGUUUGCAUCAUCAGGGGGUCACCCUAGGAAAAUCUUUAGCUUUCUCCAUCAUCUUUUUACAUUUCCACUCCGGGAACAAUUUCAUUUUUUUUCUACAGAAACUGGAAAGAAAGGUCUGAAGAAACAUUUUUGGUGCAGCUGUCUGACCCCAGUGGACACUUUAUAAUUGGUUGUGAUUAUCUUUCCGAAUAAUUCCGAGUCUUACACCAAGAAAAGGGGAAUUUCGCUGCCUUAGGUCAUUCUCAAACAAAGUGGAGAACCUCCUCUCUACUGGAGUACCUCCUCGGUUGUUCUGUGACUCAGGGAAAAAUCCCCUUUGCUUUUAAUUAGUUGUGCAGAGUGGGUCUGAUGGCAUGUGUCCCAUUUGUAUUUGUGCAGGCCCCAAGUAGUGCAUUCCUCAUCUGAAACAGCGCUCAUGUCAAAACUUGACUGCAGAUCAUACAUGGAAUCCAUGGCUGGGGCAAAGAGAUGAAGAUUGCACCAGAAGCAGCUCUGAGAUUAGCUUGGGCUACUGCUGAGCUUUGAGAAGACUGCACUGUUCUGUAUCCCAAAGCCCACUUUUAGAUAUCAUUGUUUAAUUUAAGGAAUACAAGUAGAGUUGGCCAUAAAUAAAAGUUUCUUCACUGCACACUAUUCAUUCUGUUGAUGGCAUCCCCUGUGAUCUUGCACUCUCCAGCGUACAAAAUUUGUCAUGGAAACCUACCAUGACCCCCCUGCUCCAGCCCUGCUAGCGCUUUUUGUUGAGGAGUAAUUAGCAUUAGCUCAAGCACAUACCGCAGCCCUCCAGACGUCAAAUGAAAUAGAAGGCUGUGUUUGUUUUGUUAAUUAAGAGCAACAGCUUUAAAAAGCUUAAUGCCUAAUCCUAUAUCCACUGACGGAAUUUGUAAGAUUCUUAAAGCAAGCAGAAACGCCGUCUAAACCGAACAGACAGGCUAAAGUAGGUAAAGCUGCACUUUGAGCAGGGAGGAGGCAGGGACUGGGGUCUGUGCCAGGCCGUGUUGCAAGGAAGUUUAUGUCUGAGGUAACUGUUUAUUUAGUGUUCCGAUGCCGUGAGAAAACUUGUCACCUGCCUUCCUGAAUGCUGCUCGGCUCGUCACAGUUUGACAGAUGUUGUUUGGACGCGCUGCCAUUCAUUUCUUGCUCUGCCACUGAAACUGCUCAUAAUUGAUGGCUUUUCAAACCUCAUAUCUUCUCUCUUUUAACCCUUUAAAAGUAUCAAGUGAACGCUGAGUGUGAUUGGAUGACUUAAACUUUCAUUUCCGUGGCAGCUUUUCCAAACUUGCUGCUGUGAUGGAAACAAUGCAAGUUCAGCUCAGAUUUGCAUGCAGCACUCUGUAACAAAUGCAUCAUGUAAUAAGCACGACUGUAAGUGAAUAUAUUCUGUUUAAAUAGCAUCUCCACAUAUAAAUACCUGCAGGACCGCAGUUUUCUGCAAACUGUAAGCCACGGAGCAGGUUUCAGUCUGUCAAUCUUUUUAACUUUGCAGCCAGAUGAGAGAAUGAAAGAGGAGGUGACACACUUCUCAUCUGUCCAUGCAUGAAGAGAAGUGUUGCUUGAUGUAUUGUAAUUAACACAAUCUUUGUUGUAAUGCAUGUUUGUUUUACUCAUUCACCCUGAUCUCAGUGUUUGCACUUAAAAAUGCAUGAACAUUUCCAGCUCAAAGUUUGAAAACAGUCACCACAUCACACAUCAACAUCUCAAUGUUACACCUAAAAAAUACUUGCAAGUCUUUCAAAAUGAAAUUUCUCAUAAAUGUGUUCAAGUGUUGUUAAAUUGUGCAACUUUGAAGAAUAUUUUUGUGGUCUACCACAGAAACCCAAUUUAGUUUCACUCAGAAAUAUUUGAGUGACAGUUCAGCAGGUAGGGUGAGGUUGACUUCCUCAGAAACCUGCUCUGUUGUAUCUGUAGCUCACAGAGUCAAUCACUGAUGAUAGGAAGUAUACUGAGUCUCUGUGAAAGGAAUACACUUAUUAGCUAGUUUGAAGUAGGACCCAGUAUGUCUCAUAAAGAUUAUGAAGCUUGUCUUCUCCUCUAUCAGAUCUCUUGGACUAAAUAUCUCGAGACAAAAAGAGUGCAUAUGCUCUUCUAAGUACCCCUUCAGGUGUAUGAUGGGGAAAUAAACUCAGAAUCAGACCCUCUAAUGGGGAGAGAAAGAUUCAGCCUCAUUUUCAAGUUCAAUGAAAGAAACCUCAUUGCGGGCUUUACCAAUUUAAGAACCAAUUCUGUGCUGUUCAAUUAAAGAAUCAGCAAUAUGGGACCAGUUUUACUUUCAGAAAGAUGAAAUCACAGAUGUUUCGGUUACUGUUAAACGGGAUGAAUUCAGAUCUUUUCUUUAAGAACUUUGCACUGAUUUGUCAGUGAAAUAGCUAGCUCAUAGUGGGAUGCUUCCUGAAGCAUAUAUCUUUAAUGUAACAGGGUAAUGCCUUGUCAAGCUAUUCUAGUGUGAACUACCAUCUUCACUCAGCUGAUAACCUGUACUACAUGCUGCAGAUACUGCUGAGUCUAUCCUGAGUGCUGCUGAAAUAGUUUCACUUUUCGAUCUAGAUUUGUUUUUUAAACAUUUGAGAGAUACUGUUCCGUUUAUUUAAUGUACAUUGUAAAUCACUGUGGGCCCAGAACUGAACCUUGGGGUACACCUUUUAUAUGUUGCACCCCUGAGGAAGCACCUUUGUACUUUACAACCAUGUUUCUGGCAAUCAAAUGAUCUGAAAUAGUAACCUAUCACCUGAUAAUAACCUGAAAAGAGAACAGAUAAUAUAAAAAAAUUAAAUUAGUCCUCAAACUAACUUUUGUGGUAGUUAAAUUACCUAAACAGCCCACCUGAGGGAAGUUUAAAUGACAAAAAUACUGGCAUAUACUGUAGCUUCCUAGAGGGAAAAAAAACAGAUUUUGCUGCUUUGUGAGAAACAGUAGCAUUGGGCAAACCUUUUGCACAGUGCAUUCCUGAAUAACUUUAAAAACUCUUUAUUUUUUAUUCGCCUGAAAACUCGGAUGCUGUGCCAUACUUACAAGAGUUAACAUGCUAGCCACAACCUACCUGGAAAACCAGCAAAUAAAGAAUGCUGUAAAUUGUCAAGUUAAGAGAGACCUUGGCAUCAUCACAAUCAACAUGUUUGAUAAAAAACUGUGUUUUAAGGAGUGGAAGCUUUAAAGUAAACCUUUAAGAAUUUUGUAAUUCUGUAAACAUCACAAAGUAAAAAUAAAGUUGCACAGGUAAAGCUCGAUGACCUCACAAACCCGGCCAGUUUUAUUUGCACGGAAGGGGUUGUGGGCUACAGUUUUGUCACCAUGAAGCUCGUCCUGUUGGUCUGUAUUCACCUAUUUAUCACCAAGUCAAUGCCCACAGUGAAAGACAUCCGACUGUUAUCAUAGAAGCGGGGAUUAGGCUAAAUAACCAAAAGCUUUCACCCUAUUAGAAACCGUUGAUGUGCAGCUCCAAACACUGCGAAGCCCACACAGUCUGAAACACGCAGCAUCUUCUCUGAGCCUGAGCCCUGAGCGCUGUUAAAAGACCUGGUGUGAUGAAUGAAGGUGAUCUCUGUCUCACACUCAUCACUUCUCUGGAGAUUACACAUACUUUCCCACUCUGUCAUGCACCACAUCUCUGUUCUUUUCCCAGGAGAGUGGAUGAGGGCUCUUUUGAAGUUAGAUGUGUUUUGGGGGCACUUGAGUCAAAGAGCAGCAUUGUGAUAGAUACCAUCAGCUUCUCCACAACUGUCUGUCACCCCUGAACUUUUUAUAAAUCCGUGCGCAUGACGUGAUGUCAGAGUGCACACUUCCACCUCUCAGCUCUCACGUUUCAUCCUUGAAAAGCGAACAGCAUAGUCGUGUCUACGCUGGGAACAGUAGUCCUCUGCUAAACCAAUGUGCUAACAUCUAUCGUUUAAUUCUCUCUUCAUUCUGUUGUAUUACUUUAAGUUUGAGUUAUCAGCUAAGCAGUGAACACAUAAAUCAGUUAAUCAAGCUGCAAUGUGACUUUUUUCUACCUGCGUUUCAUGUUUUUUGGUCCAGCACUCACCCAACUUUGGGCUGCAAGGAUGUGCAUGUUUUUUUUGUUUUGUUUUGUUUUGUUUUCCAUUUUGAUUCUCUGUAUUCACACAUGCACAAAGCUCUUAAAAUGCACCAAAAUUAUCAGGAAGGGCUGCAUGUGUGAAUGCAGACAGUCCCCCUCUAAUUUCAUGUAAAUUAUAUUGUGUUCAAUAGUCACAACUCAAUUUUCAUUGUUGCUCCACAAUAUCCCAUUAAAAAGGAAAAACCCAAUCAAAACUGGGAUACUCAGGUCCAUGAAUAUGCAGUUAAUGAUAAAAAGGCCGAAAAUGUAUCUUAUGGGGCGCAUCACACCGAGCACAAGUAAACUCAUCUUCUCGCUUAAUUUGCGCCAAUCUAGACCAGUGAAUGAAUUGUAUACUCGCUUCAUUCGCGUGUCUACAGUAAUUUCAGCGGUAAUCCCUGCCAAUUCCACCGGCGGGAUCAAGUGAUGGACAAGGUUUUUUUUACAAUUUACCAUGUAAUCGGACCUCCUCACUCAUUUGCCUCCAGGCGAGCUCCUUUUUAUUCGGUUUUGGUAUUUGAAAGAAAAGGUAUCAUAUAAUUCGGGGCACCCACACACUGACAUGAUCAGUUUGUCCUCCAUUUUAGAUACCAGUGAACAACCGUCUUUUUUUAUACAUCACCCGGCAUCCUUUUUGCCGAUUAGUUAUCAUGACGCGAAUAUCCACUCAAGUCGAGACAUAUUCAGCUUCUGCCCAAUUCGCGUCAUUCACGCUGCCAUAGUAGUGAAUGAUUUUACUCUCUGGUGUGUGGAGACAGUUAGUGUUAGACUCUUCUUCUCAUACCAUUCUGUUUAAUAUUUUACACCUUGACCACUAUAGCACAACUUUACGUCCCAGUAGGGAAAACAGAAAAUUUGGAUUCUGUAAGGAGCAUGUGUGAACAAGCAAGUUCAGGAAAUUUUGGAGCAGGUUCAUGAUUAAUCACACCGUAUGCAUACAUUAGGUUACCUGAAGUGCUUUUGUGACGGGAGUGUGAGGCCUAUUUGUUUUAAUCUCAGCAGGCUGAUGGCUGCUAGAUGUGAUUGCAUUCUUGUAUCGCCAGCUUUGUUUAUAGGUGCGUUUCCAAUGAUCCCACCGUGUGAAUUCGCCUCUGUGUAAAUCCCCCACUGUAGGGCCUCUCUGAUGGCACAAAGGCCAGCGGAUUAAGCAGGAAGCCUGUGGCUGUGCUGGUCAGAGGAGGGGGAGGAGGAUGGGGUCACUUUGACCUUUACAAAGACAAGUUUAAUUUCGGACACGUGCCUCUGUUUGCCACCGUCAUCAUUAGUGUCACCGUGGCAACGUUCUGCUCUGUACCCAGUAGCCGUGGAAACCCUCCGUCCUCUGGUUCAUCACUAGGGGAACACUUGCUGCAAAUCCCACCCCCUGCUCAGAGAAAACACCAUCAGCUCAUCCUGUCUCACACAGGUUGUCCUUGGAUUCCUUGAGUUCCUCCUCCUGUUCUUGUACAAGUUUUAGCCUGGACCCUCCCUGGCCCACUCUCUUCAACCAGCUCUCUAUGUUUGGAUUUGACGGCUGAAAUCAAUCUCCUGUUCCCGCCAAGCAGCUGACACUUAGGCCCUUUUGUUUUUGCCCAGUAGAGUGGGGGAUUUCACUGAGCCGCAGAAACAAACAGGGACUAACCUUGCGCAAUUAAGUGUUCCAUCCGCCUGUCAUGUUUUGCUGACGCCCACCCUUCCUCCUCCUCUUGAUAUUUCCUCUUUCUUGCCUUGGACGGUAAAGGAGAGAUAGAAUUUCAUCUGAGAGAAGAAAGGACAGCAUAAACAAGAGCAGGUUGGCCCCUGAGGCUUGGCACACCUCUCUACACCUUCACAUCCUGGCUUCUUAUACGUUCACUCACCUUGCCUGUCUCCGCCUCUCCUCCCCAUGCCUGCUGUUGCUCACAGUGACAAUAGAUCUGUUACAUAACUCUCAAAAACAAAACUCUGAUCCUUCUUUUUGGAUGUUUAUUUUGUAAAAUUAUACAUGGAGGAGGCAGAAGCAGUAGAUCAGCUUUGACAAAUCUUGGAUUAUCACAAAACGUCCCAUCAUUCAACGCUGCAAUCCAGGUGCACAGAUGAACCAACACUGUCUCAGGCUGGUCCAGUCAUGACUGCUCAAUAAUAUGAGAACUGAUCAAUCAGAGAGAGAUAAAUGAGUAUAAGGUGGUAGCCUAAAAAUUGAGCAAUCUUUCCCACAGCCCUCACCUGGGCAACACUUGAUCCAAAUUAUGAUUCCUGUUUCCCUCAGGUAUGUUGCACCAGUCACUCUCCUCUUUCAACCACUGUUAAGAUUUAUUGCAUUUAAUCACAUCAGCAUAUUACAGCAUGUUGGAAGACAGACAGGAGGGACUAGCUGGUUAGCAGAGCUCUGGAAGGAAGACUGCAGCAAGACUAACUUAUUACCUCUUUAGAGACUUGUUGGGUUCAUGAGGAGGGUAUAGGGUGGCAGUGGCACAGCAGUAAAGCAGGUCAUCGCCCAGUCAGAUGGUUUGCGGUUUAAUCCGAGCUCUUGGCAAUCACAUGCAAAAGUGUCCUUGGUUAACCACUGAACCCUAAAUGCUCACAGUGACAUAGCCAACAGUUAGUGAAUGCAUAUUAAAGGGAUUAGUUCAAAGUGGUUAGAAAUACCGAUCAGUCGGUCGGCAUUUUGACGUAAUCUGUAUAAUAUCAGCAUCAGUCCUUACAAGGCAAGGCAAGAUGUGAGAAAAUAUACUUGAAAUUAAAAUGAUUUGAAAUCAAUAAGACAAACAGAUCAAUUAUUUAUGAUUAAUUAUGAAAACUGUCGUUUCCCAGAAAAAUUAAUUAAGUCGGAAGCUUUCAGACCCAGAGCUCCCCAGCUCCAAGACCUCAAGGCUGAUACCACCAGUUUCUCUUCAAGUGAAAAACUUAUUUGAUUACAUAUUAAAUCUAAAACAGUCACUGGCUGUUGUUUGAUUUAAUUCUAUAUUAUAAUUCCCUUAUGGCAAUUUUUCACUGAGCCAAGUAUUUUCCCAUCUAAACUGAUUUAAUAAAACAUCUAGUUAAAGUCAGCAAGUCUGUUUCUCAUGUGUUAGUGUAAUUAUUUAAAAAUAAGAAGUGCAACAAUGUGAUAUCGGCAUUUUUUUAUAUGUAAACCAUCAGCCAACCUGUUCCCUAAUAAUCAGUAUCAGAAUCAGCCACAAUAAUAAUAAUAACAACAACAACAACAACAACAACAACAACAACAACAACAGCAGCAACAACAACAACAACAACAACAAUUAUAAUAAUAGUCGACAACUAUUUGAAAAAACAAGUCCAAAUCUGUCUUCUAUUUACAAGGACUACAUAAGUCUUGGACACUUUGUGUAUCAAAUUAGGUUUUUAAUGUAUUUCAGUCUUAUUCAAAUAACAAUUUUCUACACAUGUAUACAGAACUUGUAGGCAUUAGAUAAAAGUUUUCACAAUGCAAUUAGGGGUAUGCAAUUUAGGUAGAAAUAAUUAUAUUUGUGGGGAUUUUUCAGAUAAUGAUAAAGUUAUUGGACAUCCCUUUAAAACAUGUUUUAAAAUGAUGUGUUUGCAAAGUCUUUCAAUGUACCAGCUCACUUUUGUGGAUUUGAAUUAUGAUAUAAACAACUUAUUCAAGAAAAGCAGGCCUUAUUUGUUAACGUAAACCAAGUCAUUCAAGCACCGUAAAUAUAUUUAAAAAACACUCAAUCACCAAACCAAAUAUUGAGAUUGAACAGUGCGAGUUUGCUAAGGGUUUUUUUGUUUUGUUUUGUUUUUCAGUCAUAGUUAACCGCUGACUCCCAAAGCUCUGUGAUGGUUAGUUCACAGAUAGUUAAGAACUGUCUUUAACAGAAACCACAGCAGAUCGUGGUCCUUGAAGCAACAUACAUCUCAGCCAGUUCACCUGUAUGUCAGUGAAGAGGAUCCAAGCCACUAAUUAAAUCAUGCCAGUUUUGUGGCUGGUGGUGUUUGUUUUAGUCUCCUGGCCUGGGCUCUUUUAUAUUUGCUAAUUUUCAUCUUCAGGACAUGCAGGUAACUAGUUGUAUUAGGCCAUCUGCCAGCUGGGGUUAUAGCUCUGGGUAAUGACUACUGCUUUAGUGCUAUAAUGCUCUACAACCCAUAUUUAAAACUGCAGAAGGUAAUAAGUAGCAUGUGCAAAGUUUUGGGUGUCUAUUGAUCUCGAAAAUUAAAGCUGAAUGUUGUUAAACUUGCAUAUCACUGCUCAGCUGGACUCAGCAAAGGCGGGUUGUGUGAUCCCAUAUUUGUCUGUGUUAUAGGGCUGUAAUUUACCAAAGAAAUUCUUGGUCGACUAAAACCCUGAAAUUUUUGACCAAAAGUCAACUAAUUGGGGGUGGGGGGGUGUCAGACUCUGACAGCAAACCCUUCUGUGACGGGGGACGAUGCAGCUCAGCAGGGUGAAAAUAUUCUGAUGUCAGCACAAGAAGGUACGAGGCACAAGAAGGCAAUUAAACUUAAAAGGCAAGUUGAAACGCUGAAAAUAAAGCUAAAUAUUUGGCAAACCACUACAUGUUGAUUAGCUUGGACACUCUUCAAUCUUUCAGUUUCCUCCCAGUCUCCAGUUAGUUGGGUGAAUCCAAAAUGGGGAAAAUAAGGGGGUGUUCCAAGGGGUACUCUGUAAAUACCCCCAUUAGCACUUGGUACGUUCCUACUGGGGAAAUUAACCAUAGACCGUAAAUUGACACAGAAAAAAAUUGAGUUGACCAGUCAUAAUUUUGGUCAACUCAGCACGUAUUGACCAGUAAGUCAACCAGUUCACUAGGAUUUUACAGCCCCACUGUUUUAGAUAAGUUGUACUCAGUUUUGGUUGUUCUCUCAGUGUUUCCUUGCCAUUUCACUAGUCUGUUACUUGGAAUUCUACUUGUGUUCAGUUCUCUGAGAAGAUCUGAGUCACUUUGGGACGAACCAAGAGAAAAAAAGCAUGCAGAAAUGCCCAAAUUAGCCAGCAAAUUCAAACCUAGAAACAUCUUUUUGUCUCCAUACCGUCAUGCCUACUUAAUAAAGAACCUAUCUCGCAUAACUACAUGUUACAUCUUGAACCCUAAAAUUGGCAGGAAACUGGUGCUAAUUUCAGUCUCUGGAUAUGGUGAAAGUUAGUCCUAAACAAAAAUAGUGUACUGAUUAAAGGGUUAUCCAUCCAAAAUUUAUGAACACAUUUUGCUCUUGUGCAAGUGGGGAAUUCUAGGAACGGUUUAAUCAAGCUGUUGCAUCAACCUGCAGAUGGUACUGAACUGUUCUCACGCUACUCACUGGUUUGAAUGACUGCGUUGCCUUUUCCUUUGAAGUCCUGGAUUAUCAGGAUACUGUAAUUGCCUCAUCUGCAUCAAAUCUGGAUUAAAUUGUGGUGAUGAAGCACAAACCAGCGUUGUUCUGGCUCUGUUUCCACCCAGAGGAUCUUUAGUCUGACUGCUCAAAGCCUUUACAUCCAGCAGUAUGUUUUCAUUGGAAGCCAGGCAGCACCACACCAGCAGAUAGCAUCUCUGCUCCUGUGAUGUUGUGGAGCUCUUCUCUCAUCGAGCGCCAACCAGCGGUAGUGCGGCCACACCCUGCGCUACCUUAAGAAAAUAAACACGUCUUUUUGGUUACAGUUACACACAAUUCUUCUGCCUUUGUUUGGUUUGCAGUGAAAUUUAGGGCACUUAGAAAUGAUGUGGUUAGUGCUUGUCUAUCACUAUUAAUUUCCACAAUGCUCACACUCCCACACUUAAUAGAAGUGAUGACGGUUUGUACAAUGAUUAAUGUUUGCGUGAUGCUUUAGCGAAUUACAACUGUCUGAAUCAUGUUUUCUCUUUGUGCAGACUGAUGAGUUGAUGUUUGGAAAAGUAUCAACUCAAGGGAAAUUGCCCAGUUUCUCUCACGACUGUGAGACAGAUUCUUGCACCUGUAUGGUCUUUAUUCAGUAAUUAGCAGCUAAUCAUGUCAUAAAAUUUACACUUUGCGAAAGCUCCCUGCUCUGGUUACGCCUGACCACAGUCCAGAGAGCCUCUACAGUAAACAGUAGUCCACCGCUGAAUCAUGCUCUGUUAAAAACUCCAUUCACACAUACAAGACACCUCUGUGCACAAGCGCACAACUCCAGAUUUCAUCUACCAUCAGCACCACCAUGUCAGACUGCGUUGUCAGAUGACCUUUGUACACGCCGAUCCUUCGUAUAAAAGGUGUUUAUGAUGCUCUGCCAUGUUUGACAAAGUACCAGCAGGAUUAAAGCAGUCUUGCGGUGAAAAGUCUUUGAUCAGGUCUUUCCUCUCCCUUCCAGAUCCACAGCGUCACGCUGGCUUACAGAUCCCAAAGCUAAAACCGCUCUUUGUCUCCCCUCCACCUGCCCACUGGUCCAAGUCGGUGUCUUAAUUAGAGAGUGAAGGAGGAAGGUGAAGCAGCUUAUCUCUGCUGAUGUUGUUUAAUGAGGAUUCUCUCUUUAAAGGGACGUGUUGGUGUUUCUCAGAACUUCCUUCUCAUUGUUAGUGACCCAGAGAAAAGGAGGUGCUUCACCAUCCUUUCUGCCCAGCUUUAUUAAACAUCACAAGAGAAAAGUGACAUGAUUAAAACGUUCUCUUUUUGCUCACUAACUAAGGAGUAUUUUACAGUGAUAACAUUGUAGAUUGGUCGGAAAGUUCUUGCAUACAGUAGCUCUGCUGUCACAAACAAUUUCUAACUUUAUUUGGAAAAAAAAAAAAAAACAAGUUUCAAGAACCAGGAAUUUAUGCAGUCUGAUCUUAUCGUUGAAAUGUGUUUGGAUACUUAAAGGGAUACUACAGUGGGGUGACGCAGCUCAAGGAAGAACAUUUAUGAUAAUUUUUUCAUGGAAAUGCAAUCAGACCGAGACGCCAAGGCAGAAGACCUACCACGUCUGCAGUGCAAAAUGAUUAACAUGAUGAUUAUUACUUCAAGGAAAUGAUAAAGAAAUGAUCAUAAAUGUUCUUCCUUGAGCUGCGUCACCCCACUGUAGUUCGUAACGGACUGGCCUGAGGUCUCGCUUCCAACAAGCGGCUGCUGGAAGAGAGUGGGUGAGUUGUGUUUAGUCUCUUUGCUGAAGAAAUUAGGCAAAGUUAAAAAGAUGUUUGGUGGCUAGUGCUGUGGCUGGGACCCUAUAUAUACUGUUGAUGCAGUUCUGAGCAUUAUUUGUGGCUAUAGAGUGGCGUUUUGGUUGAGGUUUGUUUAUGGCUCCAUAGUCCGCUGUGUAUUGCUAUCGUGCGGUCGUUACUAAAGUUAGUAUAACUAGAGAAGCAAGUGAUCGGCAACAUUCAUCUCUUGAGGGGGUGUCCAACUCUGUGUUACGGUGUGUUUGAGCCUAAAUUAUAGCUGGAAUAUCCCUUUAAAGACCUAUUGUGCAGAUCCAAACAUCUAUGCAUACACUGGAACUAUCUCUGUAGGGGCAUUUGGUAAAUUGUCCCUUUAAAAUAAAAGAUGAUGGUCAAACCCCCAGAGUAGUAACUGCUGUGAUCAGUGCAGUUGAAAUCUUGGUGGCUGCGACAGAAUGUCCUCUAGCAGCCCAACAGCCGCUCACCUCCCCCUCCCUCAACUAAUCAUGCCAUAGAAUAGGUGGCACUGGUGGCAAAAAUAUACAGAGAAAACAACACCUCCGCAUGCGAUAGCUCCGCUCUCAGCGCAGAUGUUGACAUGAGUUGAUUGGAGCUGCAGCUGGACAUGCUUAGUGACAUCUGCAGGAUUCACCAUCUCACUACUUGCUCCAUGCACGAUCAAAGGGAGUUUUUUAGCUGAAGUGGGAUUUUAGGAGCUGCUCACCGAGCCUGAAUAGACAAGUCGAUUUGUAUUGGGCAGCAAAAUUAAAGGAGUCCUGUUGUCUGAGUGGAAAUAUGAAUUAGCUAGUCUUCUUUUUCAUGCUCUUGAAUUGCCACCUGUUGGUAUUAUUGGUGACAUAGCCUUUCAGGGCGUCCAAAAACAAUUUUUACAUGUAUUUUUUAUUUUUAAAAAAGCGUUUUUAUUCUAAAAAAUUCUACACAGGAACAAGUAUUUCAUUAACCAUUGGCAUAAGAAAACAUUGUGCCCCACCCCCGAUUUAUAGAAUUGGGGUCUUUUUUCCUAUUCAUUCUGUUUUUCAAAGAAUUUAGAGUUUUGAAUUUUAAAAAGGUUUUAAGUUGCAUAAAUCAAAAUAUUUAUGUAUUUCUUCCUAAAAUUUCAGCUCUUUAUUUGAGUACAGCAGCCUGUAUACUGUCCCUAGUGGUUAGUAAGAGGAACUGUUUGUGUUUGCUCUGAGGGACGUAAGUGGGUAAACAGGGCCUUCUGCUGAAAACAAUGAAAACUACAAAUUUAAUGCCAGCCUUGCAAAUUGAAUGCAUUUUGUCAAACAUUGCUUUUUUUUCUUCAUUCCUUCAUUACUAUUAUUAUUUGUUUAAUGUCAACUCUUAUUUACUCUCAUUGACAUGUUAUUCUAGCGUAAUUUUUGUACGCUAAGUGAAUGUUGUUUCCUGACACUUAUAGAAAUUCUUACCUUCUUGCAGCAGUAAAAUUGAACCCUUUUUGGUUUCUUUAACAUAUGUUUUCUUAAAAAAAGGUUAAUUGGGUCCUAUGUAAUUUCUGUCUGCAAAUCGAUUCACAUGCAGAGAGCAAAGACGGAUGCUUGUUGACUAAUCAGGCUAAUAUUGUGUCUCCACAGGUAUGCCAUCAUGUGUGGGAUCAUGGCAGAAUAUGACACAGUGCAGAACAAGAUAAAGAACGGAUACAUCUUCAAAGUGAGUCGUUGUAUAACACAGAGAAGAACAUGUUGUGUCUACGACUUGAUAUAACUUAAAAUCUAAACAUUAUGCGGAUCCUGUGUAUACAUUUUUCAUACAUACUUCAUGCAGGUAUAGCUUUUCCCAUGAACUAAGAAUAGAGGGGACCGGCUCCACAUAUCACUUAAGCUGCUAAGCCACUCCUACAGACCUUUAGUUGCAGACAGAGUGUGGAACAACGGCACGUAGCAUUUUAUCUUCUGUCAGCGGCUCCCCCCAAACACUGUGUACCUGCAAAGCCCCUGACAGGUGAAAGAGACAGAGAUAGAGUGCUGGAGUGGGAAGAUAUGAAAGAAAAAACCCUGAAUCAGAGCGAGGGAGAAUGGAAAAGAACGAGGGAGGGUGUGUGUGUGUGGCAGCCGGGAGUGUGUGGUCGCUGGGUGAGAUUGCGUGUGUGAGAGGUGUUUGUGAAAUAGUUGUGGGUUGGUGAAGCAGGACAGAUCAGGUCAGAACAGAAAGCAGGGGAAACAGCAGCCGUGUCAUGAAUCAACUGUGAAAAUCUUCUCCCUGACUGUCUGUCUGCCUGCCUCUCUCACAGGAUCAUCUGGAUAAAGCCAUCGAGCUGAAGCCACAAGACCCCCUGUCCUACUACCUGCUGGGCCGCUGGUGUUACGCUGUAUGUGAUAUCUCUUCCAUCUGUCUUUAUGUAGACAAAGAGUAAAUUUAUGGAGGCUGACAUGUCUGCAUGGCCUCCCACCUCUCUCUGCAAACCCACCCACCGCUUCCUCUUAUUCAUUCCUACUGUUUAGCUUUCCCCGAGGUUUGUUUUCCCCUCUGCGAUAUUUGUAGAAGGCUCUACGGGAGGUUAACACCAUCCAUUGUUAGCUCUAAAUCAGAUCGGACCAGAGAGAUAUUUUCAUCCGGUUACUGUCCGGCUCAUGUUCCAACAAUGCAGACCCUGACUGAUCACCACUGGUGUUUCUGAAAGUAAAAAAUGUGCAGAUAAAAUACGAGCGUCCAGAAACACAUUCUGUUGUUUCAGGAGCUUUUUAUCCAACAACUCGGUGCCACUUGUCAUCCUGACCGCAUGAAAGAAAGGAAGGAAGCUAUUACAAAGAUUACUCUGAUAAAUUUCAUACCACUCGCCUUCACUGUUAGGAGAAAAGAAAUGAGGGACUUUGCACAUGUAGCGGAGCGGCAACACCUGAUAUUUCCAGGGAUUGAGUUUUAUGGGCUGUCUGUGGUGCGUCCACGUUUAACAAUGAUCUACUGUUUGUACUCAGCCAGCAGUUCUGUUUCUGCGAUGACGCCAAAGCAGUGCUACACCUGCAAUUAGACACAGCUUUGAUGAAUGGUGCGAGGCAGGAACAUUACAUGUUUGACCCAGACUCUCCUGGCCAUAAUCAUCUACUCUGGAAAGUAUCAGUGUACAGGCAACCCGUGGUCAUGGAAAUACAGUCAAAGUCACAGCUAGGAACGAGUCUUGAAUAGAGGCAAAGAGAAGUUAUUUUUAAUAGAGCCCAUACCCAUAAAUCAAUUAUUUUAAACACCUAACAUGCAGUCGGAAAAAAAAUAAAACCUUUUCAUGCGUACAUUUUCCAUCGCAAGAGUGUGCUCGGGCAUGAUCUUCAUAGUCAUUAAAAAGGUAAAUGUAGUAGAGCUGCCACCAAAAAGACAACCCAGCAGUGAAUGAGAAGAGUCCUGGACAGCUGACCUUCAACUUUAUCCUGGAAGCUUUGUUUUGUGUCUCUUGAUACCAUAGGAGUCUUUUGAGUAACAUUUACAUGCUUAUACAAAGUUAUCCAAUGUGAUGUCAGCUGUCACAGCUCAAUGAAACCAGAGAUUUUUAAUCCAAUCUCCAGAGAACCAAAGCUCGCAGUAACUAAACUGGACUUUUAAAGUACAUGUAAGCACAUUAGUCAGGCUGAAAUUGUACUAUUGAACUCCUCAAAGUCGGACUUUCUUUCUAAAUGAUGCGGUUGGGGGGAUCGAUAUUCUCUUGCAUGUAUACUCCACAUGACUCUAAACCAUAAGACAACAUUACAGCUUGAACUAGAAACUUCUGGACCAGUAAAGUCUAUUUUUUAUGAUUAAGAUUUUAUUGGAUUUUUUAAUAUCGUACAUUGCAGGUACACAUGUGGCAAAUGUUGUAAACAUUGACUUGUGUACAGAAAGUAAACAAGUAACUAUAUUAUACAAUGCGUACAAUCCAGGAAAGAGAGAAAGAAAAAUAACAAUCUAACAAAAGAUAAAACAGGACAUAAUAAAAAUACUAAAAAAAACAAAAAGAAAUAACUAUAAAAAAUUGACCAGUAAAGUCUAAAGUAAACAAUAUAAACAAUGUAGCUUUCACUUUCACUGCAGAGUCACAGGUUAGAAACUAAAGUCAGACAUACACUGUGGGAGUUCAAGCCAGGCUUUGUUGACACAUCAGCUGAUAAUUUCACUUCAGCUUUGUUUUAAAAGUCUUAUUUUAUGACUUCAGCUUCUGCCCUUAGGAGUUUACAAUAACUGUUCAUUUAGUCACCAGAAAAGAUGAUGAUAGAUUUCCAUCAGAGACCUUUUUUUUUCCUUGACAAAGAGGAGACAACGAGGAGCUUUAGAUUUAUCACUGAUCACACUAACUUUAUGCAAAUGUUAAGGUUAGAGUUAUCAACUCAAACAACUUAAUUUAACUUUGAUGGGGAGCUUCAUCGUCACAAAACUGUUCUAAGACACCUCAUCAAAUACAAAUGUGUAUCGUCAGGCCUGUGAGUCAACGACUGCUUUCAGUGUUCAGCACCCUGGUAGCAGAGGAAACAAAAGAGUUUGAAUAUCUGUUGUUUUUCCUCAAAGUAGGGAGGUUUCUCUGAAAGAAAGCUCAGACGAUAGUGGUCUGAGUGGUCUGAUUAUUUAUAAUUCCUUUGACUUUCUGGACCAUCCAUUUUUUCCUCAGAAAGCUUAAAUCCUUCAUCUGAACAGCAAUGAUCCUCUGACAAUGUGACUCAGACUGUUGUUGUCCUGGAUGUCUAACCUUAAACAGAUACAGUACAUGCUGAACAUUUGUCCAGACAGCAAUCGUUCUACUCAGUUUAAACUGCUUUUCAAACAGAUUUGAAGUAACCUGAUAUUUGAGAUUUGACUAAAGGUUUUUGAUGUUGUGCAGGUGGCUCAGUUAUCAUGGAUCGAGAGGAAAGUGGCAGCUACCUUAUUCGGGGAGCCCCCUAGUGCUACAGUCGAAGACGCCCUGAAGAACUUUCUCAAGGUACUUUGAUUCAGUCAUCAUUCACAGCACCGUGUUUACACAUUCCUCAUGUAUGCCAAACACAACCUAGCUCUUUACAAGUGUCGUCAAUGUCUGAAUCCAGAGUGUUUGUAGUGGUUUCACACCACAUUAAAAUGUACCAUCAAAGCCUGCCAUCAAAGGGAGGUGUGAGACCCGGCAAGUUUUACAAAUCAAAGGUAUUCAAGCUGCUGUUAACAAGUGAUUGAAGUAGAUGUGAAGAAUGAGUUCAAAUGCCGCAUAUUUUAUCACCUUCACACCUGGAGAACAUAGAGGUGAGACUUAGGGACUUUUGGUUUCAGAGGCUGACGAUCCACCAAGCACUUAAACACGCUUCUCCUCGGCCCACGCGACACACGAACAGUUGAAAUAGAAAUGUAGCUUAUUCUUGUUUUUAUUAUCCACUCCUAAACUUGAACUCUGAUUAAUAAGCCCUUGUUAAUGAAACAUGUUUGCCUAGCGCUCAUUCACAGUUGGUCUACAUGUCGCUCAUAUUCCCGGUUUCCCAAGAACAAGCGCUCUGUAUUUAAAGAGGCUUAAUCUGUGUUCCCAGAUGUUUAUAUAGCAGAGGAAUGAAAUGUGCUUCUGGCCAGUAUUCCUCUGCACGCCUCUUCUUCGUGUCUUGUGUAUCUCAUCCAUCAGUUUGAUAUAAGAGGUCCCUGUUGCAACAAGUUGCUGGUGACCUGGGGAUGGCCCACUGUGAGGCUGUAGAGCUGUAACCAGUACAUCCUGUGGGGUUAAACUGGUCACCAGCCUGUAACCACUGGUGAUUAGUGUGUCUUCAAAGCAGUGAUUAUACAGGUCCCUGUCAUCGAACAAGUCAUUAGACAUGUCUUUAAGCCUCCUUUAAGCGGUUUAGCUGCAGUUAUAAUAGUUCUUAGUCUUAAAUAUCAGUGGUUAUAAAGGUCCUCCAGCCUCAAACAGGUCACCAGUUCUCUCAGGUCAUCUAACCAUCAGAUAUACAGGUCCCUGGCCUCAUACCUGGGCUUUACUCAGAUUCAGAUUUAGAUUCGGACAACUUUAUUUAUCCCCUAAGGGCAGUUCCGUUCACAGUUACCCUGCCGUUUGAUCCAUCCAAACAUACAAAUCAGCAGACAAACAAACCAGACAAGUGCAAGACAUUCAUAGCAGCCAGUAGACAACCACAUUCCCUUGUCAGUACUAACAGAUCAGCAGGAUCAGCAAUAAAUAGCUAAAUAAGUACAAUAAGCAGUCAAGUUCCACAGAGCAAUGGUUAAAAUACAACAAGAUCCACAAGUAAGAGACACAAGAUAAGAAAUAAAACACUCCUGAAGCUCCAGUUCAGCACCGGUCAUCAUAUGACCAUCAGCCUACUUCCUGGCAUUUAAAAGCCUGAAGGCUUAUUGGCUUAUUGGUCUCGAACCAGUGGUUAUACAUGCUCCUUUGCAUCAAACUGGCCACCAAAUGCCUAAAAUGUCAUUUUCAGGACCAGUCUCCACCAGCAGGUACUAAAGCCUCCAACCAGUGGUUUUACAGACCCCCUAGUCAUUUUCCAGGUGACUGAUUCCCUUGUAUCUUGUCAGAGGCUAUACAGAUCCCAAGCUGCUUACCCCUAAAUCCCUCCAGCCUCUAGUUUUUCUAUACAUGGAGCACAACACAUCAAACGGCACAGGCAGUGUGCGAGAAACAGGAGUCAGGACACUGAAACAACAUUAAAUUAACAGUUAAUGUUCAAAAACACUUCAACAUUAGAUUGAAUUACACUUAACUGCAGCAACAAACCAUUGGGCCUGGGUUCGAGGUUCGCAAAGCAGAGGUAAAAAGCCACAAAGUGUGUAUUUAAUAUAUUUCAAACCUCCACAGACCUCUAACCUGCUUCAUGCUGCUCCUCAAAUUUCUGGCCAGUUCAUUCAGUUCAGUCUGUUUUAAAGGGGGCUGGGGUCAUCUUGUUAUCAGGCUCAUAAAUUGGGGUUAUUAGAGUUGUAGUUAAAAGGUUCCUUAGUCUUGACUGAACUUUUACAUAGGUCCCCUGGACCAGUCCGCUGAUGAGUGAUUAAACUGGUCCCGCUCCUCUGACCAGGCUCUAUACAGAUCUCAUGGCUUUCUUACAGUCUUUUUACUGGACCCAGUGCCUGUGAUCAGUCUUGUACUGAUCUCCUAGCUUGUAAGUAAUAGUUACCAGGGUCUCCAGGCUAUAAACAGUGGUUAUAGGACUCUUUAGCUAGAACUAGUGGUUAUACAGGUCCACAGACCUCCAAACAGUCAUUACCCAUGUCCUUGGCCUUUAGCAGGUGGUUCUCAGUACCUGACUGACAAGUGGGCUGUUCAGAUUUUGGUUUCCGGCUUUUAUAAAGAUGCUGCUGUGAACCAGCAUAACCAUUACAGCUUCAUUUUAGAGUUUUGUUGAACACCUUUAACUUUUUGUCUCUUUAAGCUGAGAAAGAAACUUUUUUUUUUUCAUGCAGGUUGAGGAGCUCCAUCCAGGAUAUUCCAAACUCAAUUAUGUAUUUCUGGCUAAAGUAAGUACCGUUACUUAUGGGACCACACUGUGCUCUGUCCUGAUGGAGAGACAGAGCUUUGAUUGUUAUUUGUUUCUUUGAUAUCUUUGGCAGUGCUACAAAGACCUUGGGCAGAGGGAGAGGUCCAGGAAGAUGUGUGAAGCUGCGUGUUCAGUGAAAGCUGUUUCCAAAGAGGUUAGACAUCCUCACUGUCAUUCUCAAAUACGGAACAUGAAGUAAUCUCAUUGCAGCAAGAAAUUUGACACCUCAAACAAACAUUUUCUCACCUUUUUUAAAAUAUUUAUAUAUAUAUAUAUAUAUUUCCUCAGGAUGAAGAGGCGCAAAAAGAGCUGGACCUACUCUACCCGUCUCUGGGAGUGUGA